GCAAGCUUUCAUGGUUAAACAUCCAUAUCACAAUAAAGCCAGUUCCCCCUAUACCCCAAUAUUCCACACAAACAUUAUGAUUAUAGAAUGUCAUUCAAACAAACCACGUUCCUGACAGUCAUACAGAUUUUAGAACACUACCAGCUUCCUGGUUCUAGCUCGUCAUCUGUGACGCAGACACGUUCUCGGCGUAAUGACGUCACGAACACGGAAGUUCCCAAAGUCACAUUUUAACCUGUACCCACCGGCAAAAUGCCCUGUGUGCCGCCCGCUGUAUCUCUUACCGGUGAAGCCCGGGGAUUCACGGAUUCCUGAUUAGACGGUGUUAAAAACCAGGUUUGCUGUCACCUUCCAACACAGGUAAUCACCCGAGAGACCCUUAAAAUACUUUAAGUAACUGCUUAGAGACUAUUGUAAGCUAAUGGCAUGACUUUCUUUGGUUCAGACUGCUGCUACAUGGAGGGUGUGGAGUAGAAAGGGUUGAUUUGGAGUUAUAAACAACGUGACGUCACAGUCAUGGCAUAAACGUCAUAAACCAAGUAGUUCAUCAGCUCAUAAUGUAAGAUGUCAAAUCAUCUAGUGAUCUCUCUGCUAGAGACAUGUUAUUCAUCCUAGGGGACAAUUCAUAGUUGUAAAACACUUCACUGUGAUGCACGUUUUAUUUAUUAUUUUUCCAAUCAUUUUCAUUUAUUUACUUUUUUUUACUUUAACAAAUUUAAAUCAUAAGUAAACACUAUUUCAAAUAUAAAGAAAAUUUUAAAUAAAUCAGGGGAAACAACAUCAAUCCAAAUGUUACAAUGUAGUCAUGCUAGAUAAUAAAUAUAUGCAAAGUAAGAUGUAACAUUAAUCAAAAUAAAUAUAUAAGUUCUGGUAAUGCAAGAUUUCCAUCAUAUUAAAGUGAACAGCCAAGGGAGAUGGUGUAGGUGGUAACCUGAAAUAGUUUGGAUUAAAAUAAAUCCCCCUUAGUCUGCUGCUGCAGUGACAGGUUAUUGACAGCUGAAACCUGUGAAUUAUUUUUUUUGGAAGUAGCAGCAAACAUUUGGGGAGAAAAUACUUCAAAGUAUUUAAUUUUCAUAUCAUACUCAUUUUUAAAACGAAAGUUGUUUACAAAAAAAAUCUUCUAGCAGCUCUGUAACCCACCAUUCAGCUGUUUAGAGUGAUACUUUCAAUACUUGUAUAACAUAAUAUAUCACUUUAACAGAUAGCUUAGAUAAUUUUUCCAGUUUUGACUUUUUUGACCUUAAUUUGAAAUUCACUUAGAAUUCACCUCAAAUUACCAUUUUAGUAAAUAGUGUGUACCUCUUGAAGAUGACUUGUUCAUCUCUUUGGCAGAUUUUAAUCAGAGUUGAAUAAAAUCUCUGACAUAGAGUUUUUAAAAACUACAGAUUUUAAUUUGCAUAUGACAUCAUACCCUUUUAACCAAUAACUUUAAAAACAAAAAAACAAAAGUAAUGUCAUGAAAUCUAUAGUCAUUUUCUUUAAAAGAACAGUCAAUACUGUCCUGACCGCCAUGUUGAGUGGUCGCACAUUGUCUGAGCUCCGUGCAGCAUCAUGUAGCUUAUCUACUCUAUGGACUCUAAACUCCUGAUUUCUAAGCGUGACAACACCGCAAGAUUCUUGUCCCUCAUGAGAGCAGCAUACCCCAAUACUAGCAAUGGAAGCUCGAGCGACCUAUCUAUGGCCUUUCCAGGGGUGGAGGAGUUGAGAAACGGCUGAUCUCUCGGUCUCCGACCUACCUGGAAGCAGAAUCUCGGCGGUUGUGCCCCAUUAUUCCUCCCCCCUGCCGGUGAGGGAUAUCCCAGCACACAUCUACCUUGGGACCUGCUGCAGCAAGAGUUGGAAGCACGAAUAAAGGGUGCAUAGUCCCACCUAAGAUGGCGGCCGCCUCAUGUCAACCGGGCCCACUACACCACAGCAUGUCAGAGCUAGAUCACAUCUUUGAGGCUUUCUGCGCCAAGUUGGCCGAAAGAUUACACAGAGCCACAUGAGGGGAUACCCGCUGGCAUACCCUAGCGACCACGAGAUGAAGGUGCUGCAUGGGAGGUCGGGUCGGCGACCUCACCGGGUCAAACGGCGCAAAGCAUGGAUUCAGGACUCUCCUUGUGCAGACAGCUCAGUUGGGGAAGCCUUGUGUGAAGAGUCAGGAUGGCCUUUGGGUGUAUGCGAGCUUGUUGCACUUAGACCUCAGUCUACUCUGUGGGACCCUGCUGAACCAGUCAAGGGUUUGGGCUGACUGCAUGGACUCUCUUUAGGGCACUAGGCCGUGGUCUGGGUGGUUACAGUCACUCCACCGGAUGUAGGUCCCAAUGGCUUCUCUCUGUUGGAAAGCAUACUUUGCAAUUUUUACUUUUUUUUUUUUUUUUUUUUUUUUUUUUUCGUUCUUUACUCCUUUUAUUCUUGCACAGCACAUAUUAUUGCUCUAAUACUCUAUCCAAUGGCUUAACCUUGUUUUUGGUUCAGGGACCACUCUUACUAUAUGCUCUUAAUAUCAUCUAUACCAAAUAAUGCUUUUUCAUGUGUCCCCCCCCCCCCCAGGAAACUAGCUACAACUUAACUCAUGUCUAAUAUAUGCUACAGUGAAAUCAUAUGUGCAUGAUAUUUUUAGAUGUCUCUCAUGUUUCUUUAUCUUUUAUUUUUAUAUUUUUCUGUGAGUGGGCAUAAGCUGGUACUAACCAUAUACAAGCUUCAGUUUGAUUUUCCUGUGCAUAGGUACCAUUCUGCAUUUGUUCUUACCCUCUACCACUCAAAGUAUCUCUCUAGCAUCUCUCUAACAUUUAUCUUACUUUUAAAAUUGUGCUACUGUCUCAAUGCCAUGCUUGUAUUUUACUAUGUUUGAACAUAUGGUGCUUAUUUUAGCUGUUGUGGCAUAGCAAGCUUCCCUUUAAUCGUCUGCACAACAAAAAUAAUUAUAAAAAAAAAAAAAAAAGUCAAUACUGAUCAAAUUUUUUUUUUUUUGUUUCAGACAAUCUGUCUUGUGUGUAGUAUUUGAAAGCAUUUUAUGUGCCUUUAUACUUUGAAUUCCUGACCCUAAACAGAUGUGGUUAGCUUAACCCCUUAAUGACACGUGACAUGUCAUGAUUCCCCUUUAUUCCAGAAGUUUGGUCCUUAAGGGGUUAAACACAGGUUUGUGCUAGAUUAUUAUUAUUAUUUUUUUUGACAAUCUUUAUUUUCGUUUUAACGAAUACAUACAAGGUAGUAGACAGGGUAGUAUACAAGAGUUCAGCACAGCAGUACACUGGGAAGAUCAUGCCGUGGUACGCCAACAACAGUUGUACAUUGCAUUGCAUUACAUUAAGCAGGGAGACCCUAUGGCUACUAGCGGGCGGCAGGAAUGCGCGUUUAGGCCAGUUAGUCCACUAUUAUCAAGAGAAAUGCGUACGUUACACUGGUAGCCGGUAUCAGAGCACGGCUGGUCUUGCGCUAAAACCCGCGGAGGUGUCGCUUAUGUGGCCCAGGGUAGUGGAGGCAACAUGAUGGCUCCGGUUUUUAUCCUGCCCGAACUCAGCCUAUUUGCUACUUUCUAGUCUCCCUCCCUUGAAGUAUUAGUCGGGGGUGAUCGCUGCCCUUAACUCUAAUCUCUUAGUCUUUACUUGUCAGGGAGUAUAUACUGUGUCAUAACAACCCUACUGGAACACUGGGGGGCCCGUCAUGUAUCCCAAUAUAGUCCCCAACCAGUCACUUCCCGUCAUCCACUGGUCGUGUCGGUGAAGUGCCCCCCCGCGGUCUGUUCUACUAUGUGGGGACGGGUCUAAAGGGAUGAAGGUGGUUCCCAUGUUUGCCUGACGGAGACUGUGGCGGGCAGGGAAGUCCGUCAGUCUUGUGUCGCAGUUCUAAGCUAGGUAAAGUCCGUCCACAGGUGAUCGUCUGGUACAGGCCGAAUUGGCCGCCUCAUGGCCCGUGGCACCCCCGCCGGGCCUCGCCCGUUCAUGUGAGAGGCUCCGAGGGGCAGGGAAGGGCUUGAGGGAGAAGAGGGAAGGAGAGGGAAGUGGAGGGGGACAGAAUGGGGGGACGAGGUGAGGAGCGUCGCGGCUCGGUCAAGGGCAGGAGGACCCACCACCAUUCUCCGGGGCGCGGCCCGCGGCCUGCGACUCAGGGCAUGCAUUAGUCAGGUCGGCGCCCGAGGGUCGGUGUGCUCUGUAGGUAAUCCAGGGGCCCCAUAGUCGGGAGCACUGUUCUCCAGUGCCAUGUAAGUCUGCCGUAAGGCUUUCCAUAACAAAGAUGUCUUCUGUCUUAUCCUCCCAUUCCGAGAUCGUUGGCACUAAUUGAGUUUUCUAUUUAUUAGGAAUUAGACUUUUGGCCGCAUUUAGGAAGUGCUUCGUUAAGGAUUUUUUGUAUCUGCCAAUCGGCAUGUCAGUGUGAUGGAGCAGCAUCGGGAGGGGUAGCAGUGGUGUCUCCGAAUCCAAGACUUCCCUCAGCUUCCCAUGAAUUUGUCGCCAGAAGGUGGCAAUAGGCGGACAGGUCCACCAUAUGUGCAAGUCCGUGCCUUCUGCCGACCCACAUCUCCAGCACUGGGCUAUUGGCGUGAGGCCCAUUUGGUGUUGUCUAGCGGGUGUCCUGUACCAUCCAGUCAGGAGCUUGUAGUUAAGCUCCCUAAGUUUGGUGUCAACAAUUCCCAGAUGUGCCAGAGUAUGAAUCUUCUCCCAAUCGGCAUCUGACAGGUCCUUCCCCGUCGCCUGCUCCCAUUGUGACUGGUAAGGGGCCGGCGACCUAUCUAGUUGUAUGUCCGCGGAGGACUCCCUGCCCAGAAUCUACGCAAAGAGAGCCCAGACAGUGUCCGCGAGCGGUGCGGAGUCCGGCUCCGGUAGGCCCCGGAUUCGGAUGUUGCGGCUGCGAUUUUCUAGGUCUUCUACCUGGCGGCAUAGCGUGAGGAGGAGGUUGCCCUGGCGUGUGGUGGCCAGCUCUGUGGCUCUGUGCUGCGUUUAGCAGGCCUACGCUUCAGUUUCUAGGGCAUCCACACGUACCUCCACCAUGGUCAGAUCAGCGCGCAAGGCCGCCAGCUCCUCCCUCACUGCCGCUCUGAGCUCCUGUAUGAGGCCCCCGGUGUAAGCCUUGGACAGCAUGGGGUCCGAGAUUGCAGCCAGUUCCUGGCAGAUUAAAGUAAGUGCGUCCGCCCUGUUCUCCCCCUCCGCGCUGGUCCCUGCACUUCCCGCGCUCAGGGAGCCCGGCGCCAUCUUGUCUGCAGCACGGGCGGUCCGGGGCUCGGGCUGCGAAGACAUAAAUUCGUCCAGCAUGCCCUUCUGCUUGCGUGGGGAGCUUGCUGCCGGUACGCUCAGAAAUGACAGCUUUUUGUUCCGGACCAUGCUACUGGAGUGUUCAGCGGUAAUAUCGCUAAGAAAGCAGCACGGGGCGAGGAGCUGAAGCUCUACACGUCCAGCUCCAUGCUUGGUCCGGCCACGCCCCCCCUAGAUUAUUUUAUUUAAACAAAUUUUGAAAAUGCUUUAUAUUGGUUAUUUUAUAUAAACCAUGCAAUUCAUGAAGAAUUGUUUGAAAAGGGUUAUGUUUGUACAAAAAUCUACAUUAUCUGAUACAUUCUCUUGUAUCUUUUUAAAGUAACAGUCUAAAUACCAUAACCACUACAGCACAUUGUGAUGGUUAUGGUACCCUGGUGUCUCCAUCAAUUGUAAAGAGUCCAAGUGUUUUGAGAACGGACGCCAGGAUCAGCUCCCUGCUCCACUACUGCUAAGUGAGAGCCAGAAAAUGUUGUCUUUAUGGUGCUUGGAGUGUUCCUUCAAUAAUAAUAAUGCUCCAUAAGCUAAUUCUUCUUCUUUUUUUUUUUUUUUUUCAAUUUUGACUUUCUGGAAGUUGUGAUGCAGCUUCUUCUUCAGAAGGAAAGAUGACAAUCACUGUGUUACUUAUAGGAUAAUCUCAGCAGUGCUAUAGAAAGCUUAAAGGGUUACUGCAAGCACCAUGACCACUUCAGUAACUUGAAGUAGUUAUGGUACUUGGAGUCUGUAUGCGCAGCAUUUCACUAAGAAACGAUCCACACACAGAGAGAAAACUUCAGUGUCAUAAGCAUGGAAGGAGAAUUCUGUAAUAUUAAUUCUGUUCAUAAAAGGUGUCUAUUUUCAGCAAUUUUAGCCCAAGUCCUCCCCUCAGCCCAUCUAAGGUGUUUUGAAGUGGUCAUGGUACCUGUUAUCUGUAUGCGCGUAGCAUUUCUUUAAGAAACUGUUCACAUACAGAGGCAGACAAUGUCCGCAUCAUUAGCUAGCUUGAAAUUAGAAUUACAUUUUAACUUGUUCGUUUUGCAUAUAUUUUAAAAAAGAAUUGGCCAGAUCCAGAUUGUAGCGUUCUUUUAGUAACCUCCUUUCAAACAUGCCCAACACGUUUGCACACCUUAAGCCUCUCUCUAACACACUGCCAUCUUGACUGAAAGCAAGAGGAGAAUCCUUAUGACAUUACAUCCUCCCGGUGCUGUGAGUCAUAAUGUCAAGCUGUCAUGCAAGAGAGUAAGGAGAUCCUAUAAGUCGACUUUACAAAGUGGCAUGUAGGGACAGCCCACUUCAUUGCAGUCUAUGGAGGAUGGCAAAUUCUAAGCGCAAGGUCUAAUUUGAUAACUUUGCUCUGAGCUAUUUGGAAUAUUUACCAUGUCACCUUAUGUCCUGCAUUUGUUGACUCUGAUCCCUAGGAAUGCCGUCCAUCUGUGUGUAAUGUUUCAUUUUCUUUUCUUCUUCAUACGUGUGCUGUUCACACUGCGUGUACCUACCAAAUAAACCCACUUCCCAGCGAGAAGUCUAAACGCGUUGGGUGUCUUUUUCUGGAUACCCUCAAUGCUUGUUGACCAAUUUGGAAGGCUGCAUAACAUUUGGUAGCUUUUUAUUUUUUCUGGUGUGUCCUUCAGGUUUGGCUUGCCAUUUUCUUUCUUAGAUAAAAAUGAGCCUUAUCAAGCUUAUUUACAGUGAUUUAAAAAAAAAAAAAAAAAAAAAUUUAAAUUGGUACCAAGUAGUAGUAAACAGUAACGCUGACUCUGUAACCGCAAAAAGGGGCAGAGAGCAAAAGUAUAUUUUAACGUACAGAAAAAUGUUUACUGCACACAGUUUUGGUGAAAAUAUUUUAAUGCACAAAUAUGAAUUAAAUGGACACUCUAAGCACCAUAGCCACUUCAGCUUAUUGAAUUGGUUAGUAUGGCAUGGUCCCUUUCCCUGCACUCAUACAUUUGACUAACUUUCCAAACUGAUGAAAUAGGGUGUGAACGUGGAGCUUUGCCUACAAGCAUUUAUUCUUUCAAGCUUUUGCUUUUUGAAUUGGUUAUGGUGGUAGGAGUCUGGAUGUGGAGUUUUUCUGCUUGAAACACUGCACAUCCAGAGAUAUUUUUAAUUGUGUGCUAAGGGCAAGUUGCACCCCCAGCUCACUCUGUUCCGGGCUGCCAAAUGUCAAUUCUGUGCAUUAUGUACGACAGAUUUUUAUUUUAAUCCCCGCUCGCCCUUCUGCUUCAUUCCCUUCCUCUAUGAGAAGCCUUUGAUAUUUACUCAGUGCGGCUCAUGUGACGUUAGACAGUGGUGCAUUCGGGGGCGGGGCUUGGCUGCCAUGCUAUGAGAAAGCACAUGGUUGCAGCUCCUCUGAACUGACCUGGUUUUCUCAACAUUUUACUGAAUAUACCUGUUUUUAUAACCAUUUUCUCCAGGCAUCCCUGUUUUGGGAACCUCUUGUGACCACUGUGAUACCAUUCCUGCAGCCUUAUCUUACCUUCUCACAACACUGCAUUCCUGGCGGCCUACUACUACUAGCUGACUCAGUACGGCAGGGACGACCGCUUGUCUGUACCGAGCAUAGUCUGGUGGUUACUUCUGCUGCCCUUGUUCCCCUUUGGACCGGUGGUGGUUAUCCCUGUCCCGGGAGUUCUACACCCACAGACACCUGCACCACUAAGAGCCGAAGGCCCAGUAGCGGACAAGAUGGCAACGUCUGAGGCCUACUCUAUCCUCUAUGCUUACCCUAGCAACACGCUCGGCAGACUAGAGCAGAUCUUUACAGCCUUUCUCAGCUGCUUCACACAGAAGGGACGCAGCCUGUAUUCUGCCCGUCCUGCCGGAGUGACCCUGCAGCAGCGUCUCUGGGGAAGAUCCAACGUUGCUCUGGUAUGACAGAGGCGUAGAGACCUAAAUCGUGAUCAUCUCCCAGUCCUGGUCCACCUGUACAUCCAGAUCUGUCCUUACCUUCUAGCUCCAGUGAUGUCCGGUGUGGGGUCACAGAGAAGAAUCACUCUGAGGUCUUGACAGUGGAUGUAGUUGAAGUGCUACCUUUUCUAUCUUGCCGAGCGGGCACUGAUUUCACAAAGCUGAUCUGUGGUAGAGCUGCAAACCACAUGGUGGAUGGCUGGAGGUCCUGUGAUUUUGAGUGGUUACAUGUGUGAGUGUUGCUGGCUCAGAAGAGGGAAAUUGGCUAAUAGUUUUUUGCUCAUAAAGGGUUGCCAGGUAUACUCUGCUGUAUUUACAUUGGCUUUGCUUAUCAUUUUAUAUCUUACUUGCCUAACGUUCCUAGUCUGUUGUUAUUUUCUCUAACUCUUAUAUGUGCCUUCUUUGCAUGUUAUCAAAAAACAAAACAACAGUGCAGUAUCUUUGUCAUAUGUAUCCAUAAAUGUGUGUUUUCUUUGCACUGCAAAAAUAAAGAAUAAAAAAAAAAAAAGUAAAAUAAAGAUGGUGGUGCACUUGGGAGCUUCACCCGAAUUAAGGUAAGUAAAUCUUCUUUUAACCCCUUCACGACGCAUGACGGUUCAGGACCGUCCUCGGCAUUUUUGUGUUGCCGACCGAGGACGGUCCUGAACCGUCCUAAUGGAAAACUGGCGGCGGGAGCGAUCAGAGAUCGCUUCCGCCGAAAUCCCGUUGUUACUAUCUGCCUGGCAUCCCAGGCAGAUAGUAACAGCCAAUUACGGCGUGUGAGCUUUGACACUGAUCUCUGCCUCUCUCCCCUCUGUAGCGUUUUGUGAGAGGAGAGAGACAGAGAUCGUGAUAGUUUGUUGCAGCAGCUGUUCCAGAGAAUAUUAAAAAGUAUCUGCAGUGAAUAAAAAUCCCAUUUUAACCCCUUCCCUGCCAGAUCUGUUACAGACAGUGCAUUUGUACUGUCUGUAUUUUUUUUUUUUCCCUUAAGGGUUAACUUUAUUUUAAAAAAUCUGUGUCUUAGACUGUCUUAGACUGUCGUAGUCUGUCGUAGUCAGUCAGUUUCCUUCCCCCAAAUCUCCAUUAGAUUCUUCUAACAGGAGUUAGUUUAGGGAUUACUGUUUUAGUCUGUUUUAGUCUGUUUUAGUGUUAAAAAAAAAUAAUAAUUUGUGUUUAGUAUUUUGUUAGUUUAGUCUGUUAGUGUGAAACAUGCAGCGCAUGUACAGCUUGGAGGAGGUCAGUUUAUCGGCACGUCUAGUGACAUGUCAUCUGUGUGUGAGCCAGCUGCUAAAAGAAGCUGUGCUUCCCCUGCCACGCUGAAUGUGGAGGAGGACUGGGUACCUCCACAGUUAGCUGAGCCCAACAUCCCCCCUUUUAGUGCCAACGCAGGCAUUAAUGUGAAUGUGGUUGACUUCUCCCCUAUACAAUAUAUGGAGUUAUUUUUAGGGGAUACCAUCUGGGAGGAGAUUGCUUCCCAGACAAAUUUAUACGCUAGCCAAUUUGACACCAAUCCAGGUAGCUAUACAGUCAGGGAGCAUGCUUGGCAUCCCACAGAUGUCCCUGAACUUAAAACAUUCUGGGCUCUUACCAUGCUCAUGGGGAUAAUAAAAAAGCCAUCAAUCCGGUCUUACUGGAGCACCAACCCAAUUUGUUCGACUCCUAUAUUCUCCCAAACAAUGCCUAGACCAAGAUAUGAGCUGCUGCUGAGAUACUUACAUUUCAAUGACAAUAUGCUCUGUCACCCCAGAGAUCACCCCCAAUAUGAUAGGCUUCAUAAAAUACGCCCACUGGUAGACCAUCUUCAGCACAGAUUUUCUGAAGUUUAUACUCCCCAACAAAAUGUAUCUAUUGAUGAAUCCCUUAUGAAAUACAAAGGGAGAUUAGGGUUCAAACAAUAUAUCCCCUCAAAGCGGUUUAGGUAUGGCAUUAAAGUGUACAAACUUUGCGAGAGCGGAAGUGGCUACACAUUAGCCUUUCGUGUAUACGAGGGGAAAGAUGCUCAACUGAACCCUCCUGGCUGUCCUGACUCUCUGGGGACACGUGGGAAACUUGUUUGGGACCUACUGAUCCCCUUGUUCAAUAAGGGUUACCACCUUUAUGUGGACAAUUUUUACAGCAAUGUCCACUUGUUUAAAAUUCUUUAUAGUUUACAGACACUGGCCUGCGGCACUGUAAGAAGAAAUGCCAAGGAUUUCCCCAGACCUCUCAUAGAGGCCAAAUUAAAAAAAGGGGAAUGCAAAGCUCUGCGCAAAGCUGAACUGCUUGCGCUAAAAUUUAAGGACAGGAAGGAUGUUCACAUGCUAACAACCAUCCAUAACGAGGGCAUGUCAGACGUCACUGUCCGAGGCAGGGUACAGACAAAACCGGUGUGCAUCAGGGCUUAUAACAGGCACAUGGGGGGUGUUGAUUUGGCUGAUCAGCUGAUGCAGCCAUAUCUUAUCUUAAGAAAGACAAAAGCCUGGUAUAAAAAGGUGGCUAUCUACCUGUUGCAAGUAGCAACACAUAAUUCAUUUUUACUUUUUUUAAAAAUGAAUCCAGGAAGAACCACCUAUCUCCAAUUUCAGCUCAAGCUGAUUUCCACAAUAAUUUAUGGAGAUGGUCAAGUUCCAACGACAGUGCAAGAGGAGUCUAGACAUUUUAUUUUUAAGAUACUGCCAACACCAAAAAAAAGAAACCCCCAGAAACGUUGCCGGGUCUGUUAUAAAAAAGGGAAAAGGACAGACACCCCUUUUCACUGUCCCGAUUGCCCUACAAAACCUGGACUGUGUAUUGGAGCAUGUUUUAAGGUCUACCACACAGAAAAUACAUUUUUAUAAUACUUGUUCCUGAUUUAUUUUUUUUGUUUAUUUUGAAAGCAGCAAAUUUCUAUUAGUCAGUAUCCUUCCCCCAAAUCUCCAGUUAGAUUCUUUUUGCAGGAGUUAGUUUACAGAUUGCUGCUAACAGAAGUUUUAGUCUCAUUUAGUCUGUUUUUAUCAGUUUUAGUCUGUUUUUAGUAUAAAAUAAAAAAAAUUGUGUGUUAGUAACUCUGUGUUAGUCAGACUCUGACGCCACUGACACUGCGUCCGAUUUUGACCCAGGUCAGUUUUCUGACAUGUCAUCUGUGUGUGAACCGGCUGCAAAAAGAAGCUGUGCUUUCUCUGCUACGCCGAAUGUGGAGGAGGAACAGGUUUCUCCACAGUUAGCUGAGCCCCAAAUCACCCCUUUUAGUGCCAACACAGGCAUUAAUGUCAAUGUGGAUGACUUCUCCCCUAUGCAAUAUAUGGAGCUAUUUUUAGGGGAUACCAUGUGGGAGGAGAUUGCUCCCCAGACUAAUUUAUAUGCUACCCAAUUUAUUGAUACCAAUCCAGAUAGCUAUGCAGUCAGGGAGGAGUGUGCUUGGCAUCCCACAGAUGUCGCUGAACUUAAAAAAUUCUGGGCUCUUACAAUUCUCAUGGGGAUUAUAAAGAAGCCAUCAAUUUGCUAUCUACCUGAUGCAAGUAGCAACACAUAAUUAAUUUUUACUCUUUAAAAAAAAAAAUGAAUCCAGAAAGAACCACCUCUCUCCAAUUUUAGUUCAAGCUGAUUUCCACAAUAAUUUAUGGAGAUGGUCAAGUUCCAACAACGGUGCCAAAGGAGUCCAGACAUUUUAUUUUUAAGAUACCGCCAACUGCAAAAAAAACAAAUCCCCUGAAAUGUUGCUGGGUCUGUUAUAAAAAAGGGAAAAGGACAGACACCCCUUUGCACUGUUUUUUUUUCUUUGAAAGCAGCAAAUUUUAGUUAGUCAGUUUCCUUCCCCCCAAAUCUCCAAUUAGAUUAUUUUUGCAGGAGUUAGUUUAGAGAAUGCUGCUAAAGGUGCAUUUGAUACCUGCACAUUUGGUUAAAAAAGUUUUAUGGUAGUAACAUAUAACUGGCUGGCCAAAACCAGAUGACGUGUGCAUAAAAAGCAGAAUUAAAAAAUUACCACCAUGCACGUUCUCUGAAAUUUGUUUAGCACAAUGGUUGGGGGAAGGAUGUGAAAACACCUCAUAUACAAUACUCUGGAAUGUCUACUUUAUAAAAAUAUAAACUUUCAUGAUGUUAACAUUAAUGGGGGGAUGCAAAAAUAUGCCAAACUGAAGAUAGGCCAAGCAUACCUAUAUAUCAAGUUGAAAAACUGAUAUGUACAAGUCUUGUGGCCUUUUAGCCCCCAAACAACACAGCAAACCUAUGCAUGGGUGAUGUCACUGUACUCAGGAGAUGUUGCUGAACACAUAUUGGCGUGUUGUUUGGCAGUGAUACAUAACAGUAUCUGUUAAUUCAUGCCUAAAGUACAAUGUAUGUGUAAAAAAACACGAAGAAAAUUACUACCCAAAAGUUUGCCAAAGGCUGGUGGUAGAAUUAUUGCAUGAAAAGUAUUAAACUACCACCAUUUAAAAUACCCUGAGUUGUCUACUUUUCAAAAAUAUAUGGUUUGAUGGGGGUAAAAUACAUUGGCCCAAAUAGGACAGGGGCGCUGGUUUACUACAUGUCAAAAUUCCAAGUUGAAAAAUGGAUAUGUGCACCUGCCAAAUGUGGCCUUUUAGCCCCCAAACAAUCCGACAAGCCUAUGCAUGGGUGGUAUCACUGUACUCAGGAGAUGUUGCUGAACACAUAUUGGCGUGUUGUUUGGCAGUGACACAUAACACGAUUUGUUAAUUCAUGCCUAAAGUACAAUGUGUGUGAAAAAAAACACACAAAAAUGACUACCUAAAUGUUUGACAAAGUCUGGUGGUAGAAUUAGUGCAUGGAAAGUGUUAAAAAAACACCAUUUGAAAUACCCUAGGGUGUCUACUUUCCAAAAAUAUAUGGUUUGGUGGGGGUAAAAUACAUUGGCCGGCCUUACAAAUGUCCCAAAUAGGACAUGUGCGCAGGUUGACUACAUGUCAAAAUUCCAAGUUGAAAAAUGGAUAUGCGCACCUGCCAAAUGUGGCCUUUUAGCCCCCAAACAAUCCGACAAGCCUAUGCAUGGGUGGUAUCACUGUACUCAGGAGAUGUUGCUGAACAUAUAUUAGUGUGUUUUUUGGCAGCAAGACGUAACAGGAUUUGUAAGUUUAUACCUGAAUUGCAAUGUAUGUGAAAAACAAAAACAAAACCAACUACCUAUGCAAAGUUUGGCAAAGACUUGUGGUAAAAUGGCUGCAUAGAAAGUGUCAAAAUAUCCUUAGAUGAAUACCCUGGGUUGUCUACUUUAAAAAAAAUAUAUACAUGUGCAGUGUUUUCCAGAGAUUUAUGACAGAUAAUAGUGUUACAAUGUCACUAUUGAUACAUUUUAAAAAUGUAUGUUUUGAAACCGCCAAAUCCUACUUGUACCUAUAGCCCUAUAACUUGCAAAAAAAAGCACGUAAACACUGGGUAUUUUUAAACUCAGGACAAAAUUUUGAAUCUAUUUAGCUGUUUUUUUCAUUCGUUUUUGUAGAUGAGUAAAAGAUUUUUCAAGUAAAAGUCAAAAAACAUGUAUUUUUUUCAAUUUUUCAUCAUUUUUUUUUUUUUAAUUAAAAUACAUGAGUUUAUAUAAAUAAUGGUAUGUAAAGAAAGCCCCUUUUGUCCUGAAAAAAACAAUAUAUAAUUUGUAUGGGAACAGUAAAUGAGAGAGCUAAACACAAACACCAGAAAAGUGUAAAAAUAUUCCUGGUCGCAAAUGUACAACAUCGCAAAAACAGUCCAGUCCUUAAGGGGUUAAAUGUUUUUUGAUUGUUUAUUUCAAGGGAGACUUAUAGAAUAAUGCCAAUAGGACAUUAUUCUGUAGCUUAAUAAACAGGGGUGAAGAAACCCUUUAAGAUUUAUUCCUGCCUGUAUAAAAGAAAGAAAAUAGAUUUACUUAAUAAAUAAUUGGCUCUUUAAAUUACGUAGAAUCCCCUUGAUUUAAAAAUAAUUCUCAAAUAUACUGCUUCUAUGCCACUGAUGUUCCUGAGUGCUAAAUGAAAACUGAUGCCUAAGUUUCCUGUUUUUCAAUCUUCAUCAGUUCACCUCCAUGCAAAUGUCCUUUUUAUUAUUCGUACCACAGAAGAAUUCUUUGAUUAAAGAGACACAACUCUUGAGUGUUUUUCCUACCAUUUCCUAUAAUCAUCUCCUCAAUGAUGCUACAGUCUGUGUUCUCAUUUUGAUUUCUGUAAAAUUGUAAAGAAGAGAUGUUGGCGAGCACUUUUAUGGCCUAUGUGGUAGCAUCCUCGCCUACGUGGCUAUACAAAAGAUGUAUCUAAUUUUAAUAUCCAUCUUUCAUAAUAAUUGAAGAAUAAUGCCAUCCUUGUAAGUGCUUGGGGGGGGGGUGUCUUAUCCAUAAUAGCUUCUGUUGCAUAGCAAAUGGUUGCUAAUCAGGCAAAUAAUAGAAUGUAAUAACCCUUCUAGAGCUCCGAUGAUCCUGAAUUCCACUGCAGAGCAGCCUGUAAUGGUCAUGCAAGACUUAACUCUUUGUGUUGAAAUCAUAUUGUAAAAACAUCCUUGUGUUUUAGAUUUGGGUUUACAAAUUGCCAUUUUAAUUUGAAACACCUUUAAAAAAUACAUAUACUUGCAGAGCUUGUGUAGAAUUUAUGCUGUUGUUCCCAAAUAGACAUGUGAUGUAUGUAUGCAUGAAUGUUUGUUUUUGUACAUCUGUGAUUAAAAAAAAGUAGUUUGGCAAUUCAUCUUUUUACCUUUAAAGAGACACUAUAGUCACCAGAACAACUACAGCUUAUUGAAUUUGUUCUGGUCCGUAGAAUCAUUCCCUUCAGGCUUUUCACAGUCACCACUGUCUUUUCAGAGAAAAUUCAGUGUUUACAUUACAGCCUAGGGAUACCGCCAUUGGUGAACAAAGAAAGUGUGGUAAACCGCAUCAAAUAAGGUGAAUUACUUCAACUACAAUAUUGUGUUCAAUUAUUAUGCUAAUUUACAAAUAUAUACAUAAAUUUUUUUAGAGGUUUUUUUUUUUUUUGUGAUAAUCUUUGGGGGACCUCAAAGAGAGAGAAAUACCAAUUGUGUAAAAAGUGAAAUGAAGUUUUACAAAGUGUCAACUCACACUUUAGAGAGCUACUGAGAGCUCUGCUGGUAAACGCCUUGACGGUAUAAUCCCCGUCUAGGGAUAUGUUGAUUCUCAGUGCAGUAGCCUCUCAGUGUUCAUUAGUCAUGUAGAGGAAAUAUAACAGAAAAAUAACCCAAUGGUAUAAUAUAUCAUAUAUUUAAAUAUAAGUAAAAGAAGACCGUAUUCUACUUACAAUAUCCAGUGCAAUGACUUGCUCUGGUGGUAUAAUCCCCACCUGGGAUAUGAAGGGUUUGGAUCUGAAGCGGCAGGAUGUAGAUGAAGAGUGGAAUAAAAUAUAUACUCAAACUAAAGUUACAUUAAAAUAUAAGCUUUAUUUGUAUAAAACCAAAAUGAAACAAGUAUCCAAAGUCACUUUACGUGUUUCACCCAGGAAUAGGCUUCUUCAGAAGUGUGGCUGCAUCUUAAAAUGUCCCAGUUUAUAUAGGCAGUGUAUGUUCGAUAAGUAGAAUCCAGUGUGCUGCUUGAUCCUUCCGGGUUUGUGUGUGUUGCCCUUAAAUGAUGUCAUGCGACCCUGCCUGUAGCAUCAUGGGAGAUGUAGUUUCUCUUGCGGUUGCAUCUCAAUCACUGUCAUUCUCAAUGAGUAUGGGAGUGGGUUUACCACACUUUCUUUGUUUACUUGUUACUACUCAGGCAGGGUUGGGGAAUCCCUGCUGGUUCACUGCUGGCCAUUAUCUUAUUAUAGUGGGUGCCUAUUCUGCGUUUUUGUUUGUGUUUGUUUGUUUUUGUUUUAUUUUAAUUAUACCUCCACUGGCCACUCCUCAGAUGACUACUAGAGGUGCUUCCUGGGGCAGUGCUGCACAGUGAGCAUUCAGUGUCUCCAUCCCCUUCAUGCAGACACUUAACAUUCCUCAUAGAGAUGCAUUAAUUCCAUUCCUAUGGGAAAUCAUCGUGAUUGGCUCAGAACAAUACUUUUGCUGAUGUCAGCAGAAGCAGGCAGAUCAAGUGCAGAAUACAAGUAAACGUAACUAAUGACACAAGUCAGUAGUGGAAAUGGAAUAGGAUUGGCUAGUAAAAAUUGCCACAAAAAUGUAAAAAAUCUGAAGUAGACCGAGGUCUACUAAACAGUGAAAUAUGAAAUUUAUAAAAACUAUAUGCUUGUGCACAAGUUCAUAUAUCUUAUGCAGAAAAAAAUGAAUGCUUGUAGUGAUAUACAGUCAAACUAAGUAAAAAUUAAGAUAAUUUAAGUCUAUUGAGAGAAUUGUGUCAGCUUGAUAUCAGACUGAUUGCCUACUAUGAUAUAAGUAGGAAGAAAAUCUGGUGAAGCUGAAAAAUUGUCAUAUGUCGUAUCGGUCUAAUGCAUAAUGAUGUAGGAAAACCGAUACAUGAAUCAGAAAUUAUAUAUAAUUGUUGGGACAGCUGGGACCAUAUUCACCAAGUAAACAAUUGGUAACACACUGGGCUGUGAAGGACUGAAAUCCUGCAGCGCCCGCAAGAUCCCCUUGCUCAAAGCACAUGUACAGGCACGUCAGACGAUGCCAGUGAACAUCUGAAUGAUUUCAGAGGAGAACUGGGUGAAAGUGUUGUGGUCAGAUGAGACCAAAAUCGAGCUCUUUGGCAUCAAAUCAACUCACCGUGUUUGGAGGCGUAGGAAUGCUGCCUUUGAACACCAUCCCCACCGUCAAACAUGGAGAUGGAAACAUUAUGCUUUGGGGUUGUUUUUCGGCUAAGGGGACAGGACAAAUGCACCGCAUCAAAGGGACGAUGGACGGGGCCAUGUACCAUCAAAGCUUGGGUGAGCACCUCCUUCCCUCAGCCAGAGCAUUGAAAAUAAGUCGUGGAUGGAUAUUCCAGCAUGACAAUGAACCAAAACACACAGCCAAUGCAACAAAGGAGUGGCUCAAGAAGAAGCACAUUAAGAUCCUGGAGUAGCCUAACCAGUCUCCAGAUCUUAAUCCAAUAGAAAAUCUGUGUAGGGAACUGAAGGUUAGAGUUGCCAAACGUCCUCCUUGAAACCUUAACGACUUGGAGAGGAUCUGCAAAGAGGAGUGGGACAAACCUACAUGAAACGUCUGACCUCUUUGAUUACCAACAAGGGUUUUGCCACCAAGUACUAAAUCGAAUUGGGUCAAAUACUUAAUUCACUCAUUGACAUGCAAAUCAAGUUGUAACUUUUUUGACAUGCGUUUUUCUGGAUUUUUGUUUUCUUUUUUUUGUUAUUCUGUCUCUAACUGUUAAAAUACACCUACCAUUAAAAUUAUAGACUGAUCAUUUCUUUGUCAGUGGGCAAACGUUCAAAAUCAGGAGGGGAUUAAAUAUUUUUUUUCCCUCACUGUAUCAUCAAAUCACUGACUUAGCUUGAUGGAAUGAAUGAGGCCUAUUUUUCAUUGGUUACUGGGAACAAAAAAAAUACGUUGUUUUUUUUUUUCUUGCAAACACAUUGGUAGGUUUGACAGAUUCAUCUGCCAGCUGGUUCGCCAUCCGCGUAAAAAUAAUCUGAGAAUAAUGAAAAACCUUGCCAAAUGUGGAAGUCAAUAAACAAUAGCAGAUGAUUUGUGAUGAAGAAGUUCCUUUCCAUAAAUCAGAGGAACCAUGUGUUGUACAUUGUCAGCCAAACAUUUAUUUCACUGACAGUGUAGUGUAGAGCUUUUCAAAAUAGGUUUGAUAGCCACAUCAUGGCGUGUAGGAUAAGAAAUGUUGCCAUAUGGAGAGACACACCUCCUCCUAUUUUUGCAAACAGACUCCUAUCACUUUAACAUUUUGGUAAAACAAAUAUAUACUUAUAAUAUCUCUGUCUGUGUAUUUAUUUAUAUACAUUCUUAAUAUUUUGGUUCUUUCCACCGACUAAAAAUUGUUUUGUUUUUUGUUUUCUUUUUAAUUAUGAUUUUUAUACCGGUACUUGUUCUUGUUGGAAUCAAAAUGUAAUAAAGGUAUUGAAAAUAAAUCAGUCAAGAUAUAGAAUAUAAGAAAAAGCUAACAAAACACAAUUGAAUAAACAUAGGAAAAUAUCUUAUUGCAAUUUUAAGGAAAAAAAGUAUAAUCUUGUUUCACCCACCUCCUUGGUGGGUAGUGACUAGUAUAACCACUUUAUUAUACUAGAGCAGGGGUAGGCAACCUUUUAGCAUCACUGUGCCGAUAUAGGAUUGUGAUGUCCCGUAGCGUGCCGGUCCUAUUUUUUUAAAUUGAGGUGUGUAUGCUGUUGUAUUCUGCUUCUGUUAUUUAUACUGUAAUUGCUUUGUAUCGUUGUAUUUGUGCAUAUAUGAGCUAUUAUAUUGUAUAUGUUCAUGAGUAGUUUGUGGUAUCGUGUAUGAUACAUAUAAAUGUGGGCGGUGUAUGGGGGCUGCUUGUGGAAUUGUGUGUGUGUGUGUGUGUGUGUGGAUGGAAAUGUCACAUUUUGUGUUUGGUAGUGUGAAUAUGUGCGGGGGCUGUUUGGGGUAUUGCAUGUGAGAGGCUGCAUGUGGGGUUGUGUGCAUGUAUGUGGAUUGUUAGCAGGUUAUGUUUGUGCGGAUUGUAUGUAUGUUUGCUUGUGGGCUGUUUGUAUUAUUUGUAUGAGUGGAGGGUUAUUAUGCAUUUAUGUGUAAAUCUAGCAGUGUGGGUGGCUUCCCUGGGUUCCAAUGGGGACCAGGCUGGCCAGGUACAGGUCAAGGACAGGAGCUGCAACAGCAGCUACAGGCUGCCCUACCAUAUUGUGGAUUCCCAUUCACAAGUGCUGGGAGGAAGUGAUCUGAGAUCACUUACUCUAUGUGCUGCAAUGCAUAAAUUGAAGAUUGUCCUUCACCACCUUUUUAUAUUAGCAGCUAUCUGAAGAUUCACUGGGACUCCUGAUAGGCCAGAGCCUGUUUGGCUGUAGCAGCCUUGAGUGCCGUGCAAAGACACCUUGAGUGCCGUGCAUGGCACUAGUGCCGUAGGUUGCCUACCCCUGUACUAGAGUAUUUUAAAAGCAUGAGCGGUUUAUUGAGAGACGAAAGCUUAGCUAAGGCUUUAACGGCGAUAUCCGCCUAAAUGUCUCUCAACUAUCACCUGUGUGAAGGGUUAAAAAAAAGUCUUUCCAUUCUAUAUUGGCUGAAUGAUGCUGAUGGAUGUACUGAUCGAAUGAUUUUAAUUGUUUAAGCACAUCAAGUUACCAUUUUGAUCAAUCUGCUUUUUACUCUCUCUGCAGGGAGGACCUCUGGCUAGUACCUUAACCAUGGCACUUGCUGCUGUGUCUGCUGCUUACCAAGUGCUCAGAGGGACUACUGGAAUUUUCACUAGUCAGUCGACAUCACUGCUGUCGAGGGCCCGUGCUUUGUAUGCCUGUUCCCUGAAUAGGUGGGUGAUCUGUCUGCAGGCACUAUUAAAUAUUGUUUGCAAAGUGAUGUGAUGGCAGUUCUGUUGUUUUAGGAAAGAGAUGCUCUCAUCAAACUCUCAAACAGUAGAUCUUUGUUGCUGUUGUUACAGGACAGAGGCCUUUCGUAAGUUAUACUAAUGCAUGUUAUUCAGUGCAAAACCGCUAGCCCCAUUAAUUCUGGCUGUGCUGUUAAAAACAGCUUGUGUCUGGUGGGUUUGCACUGGAGAGCCUCUUGCAACCAUACCGUAUAAUUUCUCUAUUGUUACCUUGACAAAAAAAAUAUGAAUUCAUCAUCUGUCUGCUCACUGAAGACCCAAUGCUACUUUAUAACCCUGAAAUCUGGAUUUAUUUGAACUAGAAGGAAAAUGACUUCAAAGAGGAAAACAGAUCACUUGGAGAGAACGGCAAAUAAAUUUAGACAAGAAGUAAGUUCUGUGUGUCUGUCUGCCUUUUUUCCUUUUAAUCUCUGUUGCAGAUUAGUGUUUUUUUAACAUUCUCUGUUUUCUUAUUGUGUUUGUAUGUAAAAGUCAUUUCAUUUUUGUUUUGUUUGAGAAACAGAGUAAUUCUGGCAAAGAGUGAGCCACAGUGUCUGGAACGAAUAGAAGCGUUCAUUCACAAUUCUGUGGAAAUAAAGUGGAUUAGCAAAUUGCUUGAUAUGUCUAAGAAAGCAUAUUUGUUUGGGUUUCCCAUCUCUGUAAUUGUCUUUUCCCUUCCCAGAUCAUUGAUCAAUUGUUAAGGUAAACUGCUAACUAUGGGGGUGCAUAAAUAGCAGUAGCAAAACAUUGUAGGUGAUAGCCAGGAGGAAUAUAAUUUUAUUUAUUUAUUUGAAUCCAUCCUUGGUUUUUACAAUGAUGCGUCAAACCUUAAGCAACAAAAACCUACAAUUGGAAAAUUAGAAAUCACCAAGAAUCUGGAGUAGUUUUGUGCAUUGUAUUACUUUAAAUCCAGAAACAUAUAGUACUUUCUUGCUUUGUUCUAUUAUUAGAUUUCUGGCUUUAAAGGCACACUCCAGACACUGUAACAUCAUCUUCGGAAACUAUAAUGAAAGGAAAACAAAGUUGUUUUCCCUAGCGCUAUAGUGACCUACAAUGCCCCCCUCCCUUACCGGCCCCCAACCCUGUGGUGCUGGAAGUGUUAAAAACCCUUUUGUCACUUACCUAAUUCCAGUGCCGAUGCCCCUUAGCACAUGGUCAGGCUCCAUCUCCGCUCUUCUUCCACCGACAUCAGCUGGCGGUGAGGACCUAAUGCGCAUGCGCGGCAAGAGCAACUCAUGCAUUAGGACUACCCCAGAGGAAAGCAUAGCUCUAUACUUUCCUGUGGGGUUUUAGAUGACGCUGGAUGUCCUCAUGGAGAGCGUGAGUACAUCCAGUGUCAGUCGACCAAAAGUCACCUAACCACACAGAAGUGGUAGACAGCCACUAGAGGUGGAGUUAUCCCUGUAAUAUAAUUAUUGCUGUUUAUCAAUACAAAUGAGCUGAAUUGGUCUGGGUGCCUAUAUUGUCCCUUUAAGUUGUUAUAGUGUGAGGAAGUCCCAGGCACCAGUUUACCUAAAUUGGUGUUAAAUUGUUAACAAACGCUUUAACCCUAAAGUCUUCAAUCCAGCGCUGUCAGCUCUGCCCUAUCAACCCUUCACUUUCUUUUCAGCCAUGGCUUCAAUCCGGAAGCUUUGGACUGAGUACCACAUUAUUUCUUUGCUCCGUUUUCGUGAAUCAGUGGAGUCCAGGCCAAUGCUUCCUGUUUGGGCACUGCAUUGAAGACUUUGGGGUUGAACCAUUCGGUUAUGAUCUAACCCCUUGAAGAAAGCCAGCAUCUGGGACCUCCUCACACCAUAACCACUUAAUUCUGAUCAGGUUUUUAUGGUGCCUGUGACAUGCAGUAGAAUUUACUAUGAAAUUAUACAUCGAAAUAUACUUAUUCCUAUACAUAGACACUGUAUGCAAUAAAAAUGCAAAUACAGGGAUUUAUGAAAUCAUGUAUUGUGCUAGCACAGGUAGCUGAUUGUUCUCGUGUUCAGUGUGAAAACUGUACUGCAAUCUUCACCUCCUUUCCCCAGUAUAAAAGGUACAAGGUGUUUUUGUGUGCGUGCAUAUUUUUCAUAUGAAAAGGUCUCGAUGCUGGCCGGCAUCUUGUAAUUAUACCUGCAUCUGUCGGCUCAGGCUCAAAUAAACUACUUUGCACAUCAUAGAUUGGUUUAUUUUUCACUACAGCCCACAUCACAAUUAUCUAGAAUGCUUUUCUGAUUUUUACGCAAAGCCAAUAAUACAUGAAUACCAUAGUAGUUUUUAGAAGUUAUGUUUGUUUAUUUAUGUUUCAUCAUGUUUAAAGGGACACUAUAGGAUCUUAGACCACUGCAGCUCAUUGAAGUGGUCUUGGUGUACUGUCCCUGUCCCCUUAACCCCGCAGUGGUAAUUAUUGCAGUUUCUGAAAAACUGCAAUAAUUACCUUGCAGGAUGAAGACUGCCUCUACUAGCUGUCAAUCAGACAUCCACCAGAGGCACGUCCGGGUCGUUACGUGACUUUUGGUCCCUCACUAACACUGGACGUCCUAACGCCCUGCAUGAGGACAUCCAGCAUCAGUCAAUUCCCCAUAGGAAACAUUGCAGCAUUAGCAUUCUCCCAGAAGGAGGGAGCGGAGUGCCGACCCAGUGCUGAGGAACAUCAGCGCUGGAAUCAGGUAAGUACAGUAAAGAUAUUUCAACCCUUACUAUGUCUGAGAGGGAUGGGGGUGCAAGGGAACUAUAGUUCUAGGAAUACAGCUUUGUAUUCCUAUACUAUAGUAUCCCUUUUAAAUUGCUAAUAUACCAUUGAACAUUAUGUAUGUAAUGUUUUUUUUUUUGUAUAUCUGUAUAUUUAGAUUUAUUAAAAGGCAACAAACGUCUCAUAGUUUUCCUACAGGUAGCCUUGUGCAGGCUCUCGGGGAUGGCAGCUGGCAGUGGGGGCAGCUACGUGAUCCUUUAUGAGAUGAUGACAGUUUUUUUAGUUUUGCCCAUGUAAGGUGUCAUUGUAGAAAAACUUUUUGCCAUUUGGGUGCUAUUCCAUAUCUGAUGCAUGGCAUGGUAGGACAUCUUUUUUUGAUUUUUACUGCCAGAGCUUAGGGGUGCUACCAGACCAGUACCUGAAACUUGAGUUGUCUGAACAAUCCACACAGAUGUUGAAGAUCUUUUUUUCAUUACUCAAGAGGUACAUGCAGAGGUCAGACUUAAUCUACACAGCAGAAUGUAUAUAUUAAAUUGUAUUACUUACCUAAAGGAGACCUUGCCACCCACACAUUCCUACACGGAAAGCUGGUUUAAAUAAUUAUCUUGCAUUUGUAGAUUAUGUAUUAUUUUAGAGGUAUGUGUCAUAAUUCAAUUCUGCAAAACAUAAAAAUACUAUCGAUGACGGACUGAAAUGGCAGGUCGGUUAAACAUGCGGCAGUGUUUAGCUAACUGCAUGUCUAUUUGGAACUGCGUAUUUAAUAAAUAUAUAGUAUUUUUGAAAUUGCAGCUAUUAAAAGGUGUGUCUGUGGCAUUUUUUUGAUCUAUUAAUCUAUGACUUUAAUUUCAUGGCACGCAGCUCUACAGACACUGACAAUGUAUCCAUUCAACACGUUUAAAUGGAGGAUUGAAGCAUUCUGCUCUGAAUACUGUAUAUUGAUUUAUCCAAAAGUAAUUGGAUAUUUGGCUGCUGAACUUUUUUUUUUUGGCCAGGUGCGUGCCAUUGCAUCAUUGUUUCAUACGUAAAUAAAACUGGGUGUGACAUUUUUAUUUGGAGUUAAUUCUAAGCAACCAUGAGGCAAUAAAAUCCACUGUGUGGUACUGUAUAAUCUUAGCAUCAAAGCUAGUACAUUGAACUGUAGUGCUUAUGGUGCCAGUGGUCAGAUGAGAACAGCCAGCUUAAGUUCUGGUUGGAGAACACAUCUGUAAAUGACAAGAACUGUUCAUGAUCUAAACUCUAAAGCAUAUCACCUAAUACUUGAAAUGUAGUGGAGGUUAUAGUCAUGGUUUACUUAUCUAUGGUUGCCACUGGAGAUGGCUCACUUGUCUAUUCUAGAUGAACUCUGACGUUUAUUUACAACAUUUUAGUUACAUAACAUCAUAUUCUAAAUCUCAUUACUGUCACAUACAUUCUUAACAAAAUUAAUUUAAGAAAACAUUCUUUGAGUCACAAACUGAAUCUAUUUGAGCAUUAAUUUCACUUUCUGGGGACAUCUAAAGAAAUAACGCACAUCCAUUUAUUUAAAUGAAAAACACUUCACAAGUACAUCACUGUAUUUCAAAGGAUACAGUACAUACAAAUAGACCCCUAAAUGCACAUACAUACGCAAUCCAGAAGCAUGCUUACAUUUAAAUGCGCAAACACUGCUCACAAAAACAACCCUGCAAGGAUGGGCAAGUGGUAGCUCCCUAUCUGGUAUAGCAUUGUUGGAAUUGUAAGACUUUUGUAGAUGCUGCACAUCUCCAUUUUUCAGCCAUUUUACACAUACACCACCUCUUACAAUGCAAACAUUUGUAUGUCAUGCAUUUAACAACUAGUAACCACGUACUAGUAGUGACUGUAUGUCAUCUAUAGUUUUGUUUCAACUUGCAUACUGUUCAUUUCAGAUUAUUUCUCCUGCAAAUGUCUGUGGGAUCACUGAUGAAUCUGCGACUGUGAAGAGGGUACGACUUGCUGUUGCCAACAGUGAAUUUUCAUUUAAAGCGGGGCAAUGGUAAGAUGAAUAUUUCUGUAUUAGUCCCCUUUGGUUGUGUCUUUUAAGUGGAAAUUGAGUGUAUAGAUUUUUCUGGUCUUCUGAGCGUGACACAGAUACUCUUAAAGCAGCGCUGUCCUGGCUGAGUCCCCCCCCACCUCGACUCCAGUACAUCUAAUUGUCCCCUUAAUUACUCCAAAAUGCCCCUAAGCCCCCUAUAUUACCUAUUUUUUAAUCUUUAUUUUGUGCCCAGACCUAGGUCCUGGGCGCCGCCAUCUUUGUGUUGGUAGAUAAAGUCCCUGUUGGACACGUCAUCUGCCCAUGCUAGAUAGAGCUGUGACAUUCCCGCGCAUGCCCAGUUAAACACUUGAGCAUUCUCUACGGGAAUUUCGUCCAUUCAUUCGUCAGAAAGACAAAGGAAUGAAUAGAAAUUUCAGAUGAACAAACAAACACAGAAUAUCAGUGUUUGUUUGUUCAGUUUAAUUACAAGGAGAGAGCUACCUGUGCGCAGCUCCCUCCUUGUAAAAAUGGAAGCAGCACCCCACCCCACCACUUCCUAAGACCCCCCCAUGUCCUCCCUCACUCUAUGGGUGUAUAUAUAUAUAUAUAUAUAUAUAUAAUCUCCCAGGUCCCAGCACUCAAUGCUCCAGGUCUUUUAAUGCUCCGGUGCUGUCUCCAACCAAAUUGUAUACAAUACCAGUAGAGAGCACUCAGGAGUCUUUCAAGGUAAAUUUCAUCUGUUGCUUUAUUGAGCAAUUACAAAUUCACACAACAUCCAGUCGACGUUUCAGUCUGUAAAAGACUUUUUUCAAGACUUUUUUUUUUCUUGAAAAAGGUCUUUUACAGACUGAAACGUCGACUGGAACGUUGUGUGAAUUUGUAAUUGCUCAAUAAAGCAACAGAUGAAAUUUACCUUGAAAGACUCCUGAGUGCUCUCUACUGGUAUUGUGUGUGUGUGUGUGUGUGUAUAUAUGUAUAUGUAUAUAUGUGUGUGUGUGUGUGUGUGUGUGUAUAUAUAUAUAUAUAUAUAUAUAUAUAUAUAUCUCCACUCAUGGGCAAUGGGUGGGGGGCUAAAUGUAAAAAUACCCCCUCCCAGGGGUGACUAGGGGUCCCCAAGCACCUAGUCACCCCACCACCCAAAAAAUUAAAUAAGCCCUACCCACCCACCUAACCCUAAAAAUAGAGAGGGGGGAGACAAUAAAACUAAAUACCUGUAAAUGGAAAAUACUUACCAUUUGUUGUCUUCUUUUUUCAGCCCCAAAAAAGGGGCAAAUAAAAAUCCAUAAUGCGAGUUGAAAAAAAUCAGCCCAAAUUUUUUUUCAUUUAGGGCCCCUACCCGCCGCUCAUGGGUGGGGGAAGGGGAAGGACAAUAGGUCCCACCCCCCCCUCCGAUUUUCAUUUAGGGCCCGCAUCCACCGCUCAUGGGUGGGUGCCGGGGGGACCCUAUGUCCCCAUUUAUUUGAAUAGCACCCACUCAUGAGGCACGGGUUCCCCCCACCUGCUAGUUAAUAGAUGCCCCACCAUGGGGCCAUUUAUUUGGGGGGGAGGGGUUCUUUAUAUAUAUAUUUAUUUAUUUUUACAACUGUGAGCAGCUAUUGACUGCUCACUAUUUAGUAGACAUGCCUCUACUCACUACUCACGGCAUAGCGAGUAGGGGCAGAUUUAUCCCUAAUACAAAGUAAUCUUUACUUAGUAUUAGUGAAAUUGGCUGAAAGACCAAUUUAGGUCUUUCAGCCUUUUGGUAGAUAGCUCCCUAAUUCCCCCGGUAUUAGGGAGCUAUCUACUAAGCGGCUGCAAAAUGCAGCCGCGGCACGAAUCAGAUCGGAAUUUCAUUCAUUAAAAUUACAUUUUGAUUCGACCUAAAAGUACCGAAUGACGUCUUAACAUAAUUGAAAAAACUGUUCCCAUUCUUUUAGGACGAAAUUCUGUAGAAUUUCUCUGACCACAGGAAAUGGAGCACACUUUGCUCCUCCACUGGUCGUAGCUGGUCAGGCAUAGGAAAAAUACAUAAGACAAAGUAGUCUCUACGACAAAGUAGUCUCUACUUUGUCUUAUGUUUUAAAGAAAACUAGAGCAGACAGGAAGAAACGGAGAACAGAGAGGUAGAGAAGAGGAAGCAAUUAAAGAAAGGUAAGGUGCCUGAUAGUGUCGCUUUAAUUUGGAAAUGUUAACCAUUUUUUUUUUUUUUUUGUCUGUGCAUUAUUUAAAGCCAUGGUAAUUAGGUGGUUGUUUUGAGUAGAAGAUGAAAUGAACUGUACAUGGUGAGAUGAGUUAAGGGAUUGUAGGGUAAAGUACAAUGUUGAUGUGUGGAUAAGCACACUGCGUGUAUAUGUAUAUUUAUAUGUGUGUGUGUGUGUGUGUAUAUACUCUAGUAUAAGCCGACCCACCUAAUUGUACCUCAGAAAACUUAUUGACUCGAGUAUAAGCCUAGGGUGGGAAAUGCAGCAGCUACUGGUAUCAAAAUGCAAUGCAAAGCUUCAGAUUACCCCAUGAGUUACAGUCACAUUACAGACUUUUGCAUUACAGACAGAAUUUGCUGAUUUUUCUCCCCCCUCCUCCUCAGUGGUCCUUUUUCCCUUCUCCCCUCCACCUCCUCAGUGGUCCUUUUCCCCAUCUCCCCCCCACCUCUUUAAUGGUCCUUUUCCCUUUCUCCCCCACCUCAUCAGUGGUCCUUUCCCCCUCACCUCCUCAGUGGUCCUUUCCAUCUUCUCCCCCCUCACCUGCUUAGUGGUCCUUUCCCCCUCACCUCCUCCGUGGUCCUUUCCCCCUCAUUGGCUAUGUAGCGUGGCCGGGCGGCGCGGACCGCAGUACAGGAACUUCUGUUUCCUGUACCCGGCCGCUGGCGGACUGAAGGGAAGCGCUCACUGAGUGAGCACUUCCUGUCAUUCGCUGCAUUGAGUGAUCGGCAGGAGGGAGCGCUGUGCGCUUCCCUCCUGCCGGUCACCUAAAUCUAGCUCCCACCUCGGGAAGCGCUCACUCCAGUAUAAGUAGAGGGGGGCUUUUUCAGCAUAAAAAAUGUGCUGAAAAAGUCGACUUAUACUCGAGUAUAUACUGUAUAUAUAAAAACAUCAGCUUACAGAUACUGUGAAAAUCUUGAUGCUUGGUGAUUGCACAAUGAAUGACACAAAUUUUAAAGUUGCAUUUAAAAAACAUAAAAUUAUUCUCAGCGCUGGUUGGCCAUACCCAGAUCCCAGACUUAAAUACAUAUCUCACGUGAAGUUAUAAUUUCUCAAAAAUCCUCUACCAACAGUAAAAUCCCUUUCCUUACCUGCCUUACAUUUGGAAUUCACUUUCAAUUCCUGACAGUUCUCACUUUAAAACAGCAAGGUUGCAUUCAUUUCCAUUAGUACACACUUCCCUAACAACUAGUGACUUAUUUUUGAGUCAAUACAGCAUAUGUGUACAUAUAGAUAGUAAAUCAUAUAUCGCCAAACUAACUAUAACGGAGUUCUAGCUGUAUUUAUGGGUUUGGGUUUUUUUGGGUUGUGUUUUUUAAUUAACGAUUGGAAGGCACAUCAGGAUCUUCAUCAUAUGAUUACUCCUGUGACAAUCGCGUGAUUUAGCACAAGAUCCAUUUCCUACAUUACUGCUAUAAAUGCAAUAAGUUUGCCAGCAGUGCAGUAAACAGGAUAUCCCACUAGGAAAUGGCCACGUUCUCAUUAAAGCAUGUACAAUGGCUGUCACUACAAGUUUGUGGAAUCCAUGUUCAUCAGUAAUGUUGUGCUUUGUAUAACAAAAUGUAUAGACUAUUAUAAAGUCAAUUUUAAAAUAUAAUUCUGCAUUUGUAAAUCACAAGACAUAUGCCACUGAUAUUUAUUUGUUUCCUGAAUAAAAUAUUAAACCAGCAAAAAUAAAGAAUUAAAAAAAAUAUUAAACUGCCUUGUACAAAUGCUUUAAGCCAGUGAGAUAACAGUCCAUUACUAAGUAUGUGUUUCAAAAUGAAAUACAAGGCCAUUUGGUAUUGCUGUACUCCAUUGUAAUGCAACAACAACAACAAACACACACACACAAAACAAACUGCACUGAAUUUAAACGGGAACUGUCAUGCCCCAGGAAUUUUAAUAUUAUAUUUCCCUAUAACCUAUAUAUUACAAACGUGUUUGUUGGGUCUGAAAAAUAAAAUUGUUAUAAUAAAAUUCAAAAUACAAAAGAGUGUUACUCUACUCUGGUGUAUCCACUAUCCUGGGACUGGGCACCUUCUUCUUGACUCUCUGUCUUUUUAUGUGGCUGCCCCUUCCCCCUGCUUAUUCCCCAUAAAAACAAAACAAAAAAACAACUCAUUUUUCUUUUUAUUUUAGCACACCACAGAUCUACCGGCUCUGGCCCCUCCCCAAUCUGCCUCCUUGGCUGACAUCGUCAGAAUUGAUUAUCUCAGUCAAUCACAGUGCUUUCCCAUUGGAACUAAAAAAGGCAGUGUUUGCAGCAAAAUGCCUGCAGGGACAGGCUAUAGACACCAGAACAACUACAUUAGUUGUAGUUGUUCUGGUGACUAUAUGUCCCUUUUAAUAUAAAUUUUUUUUUAAAUCGUAAGUCAAUUUACAGCUGAUAGUCAGUAUCUUGUAGAAGCCCUGCUUAUGGUCAAAUAAUUAGAUUGUAACCAUGUUUUAACAGAGGAAUGUUAACCUAAAUUCUUUUGACCUAAACUUGCUGGAUUUAUAAAUUUUAUACAUUUUUCUAUCUAUAUUCUUUCUAUAUUCCUGUUGUACAGCGUCGCCUAAUAUGUUGACACUUUUUAAAUAAGACCAAUUGCAAAUAUCCAACUUUUUAGAAAAAGAGCUACUGGCAGCUCUGAUUAAAAUAACUAGCAGGAGCCCUCAAACAUGAGUCGAAUAGUUUUACUUCGCUUUUUUUCGCCCUUUCUGUAGGUGUAAUGUAACAAUGUAAAAUAACAAUAAUAAUGUGGCUUUUAAAAGAACUGUAAAUACAAAAGCUGUCCUCUCCAAACCAAUUCUCAUUAGUGCCUACAUGCCGUCCCUUCGCUCUAUAGAGCUAACUGGAUUCUCCUACAGAGGAGACGAAUAGAGGAGGAAGCAGGCACCCAGCGGGACCUAAGUAAGUUGUCAAACUGUACUUUAGUGGUUUGACUACUUACCGUGGGAUCCUGCCGGGGUAUUCCUUGCACCACAACCACUACAGUGGGUUACAGUGGUUAUUGUGCUUGUAAUGUUGCUUAAAAAUUGUGAAGCACAUGCCCUUCUCCAACUCCCACCUAAUGCAGGAGGUAUGGGAUUCCCAAAACGAAUAACUUAUUACAAAACUGCAAUACUGGAACACGCAGUGAAACUCCAUGCUCCCAGGGACGCUCUCCAGUGGGUGGAUAUGGAGUGUGCCAAAACACCUACUUGUCCACAACGAGACAUCCUAUGGACUUGGAUCAGAUACUUCUACCCAACCACCAUACUCACUCUACGGGUCUGGAAUGAGUCAAGACACUAAAAUAGACAGAACUAAAUUCUGUUUACAAGCCCUCCUUACGGCUCUGGCGACACUGUCUCCAUUCUCCAUGGCUGUCCUUAAAAUCUUGGACAGCAGUAGGAAUAAAUCGCAUUCAAGAUUUAUGCUCACAAUCUGCUAUAUUGCCUAUUCCAGAACUACAAACAAAAUACAAGUUACGGAACUCAUUCAUUUUCCCAUAUUUACAAUUGAAAAGCAUACUACACAUAAAAGCGAGAGACAAGCGUCCCUUCACCGACCACCUUACACUGGUACACGACAGAUGCCGGUCGGCAGCAAUGCAGAGUACGCACCUGCCUGCCCAAAAUGUCAGACGCCUACUCUGCUUUCGUAUCAAUGGCAACGCUCCACACAGCAUUCUGCGCGCGGGAGGACAGGAGAGCUGCAGCCAGAACCUACAGAGAACUCACCACCACCGGACCACAAGGGCUGGCUGUGUACCCCUCCUCCCCUCCUUCAUCAAAGGUAAGAAGAAGGGAGGAGGGGGGGGGGGAAGAUUUUAAUAAUGUAUAGGUAGGAUUAUAAAAAAACACACCCAUUGCCCAUGAGUGGAGAUAUAUAUAUAUAUAUAUAUAUAUAUAUAUAUAUAUAUAUAUAUAUAUAUAUAUAUAUAUAUAUAUAUACACACACACACACAUAUAUACAUACACACACACACACAGUGCUGCUACCUGCAGCAACACCCCCCUCCCCCACACACAACACCCUUUCCCCCACACACACUCCACAUCUGCACACACAAACACAUACACUGCACUCCUCAAUGCAGUAUGUGUGUGUUUGUAUUCAGAAGACUGUGUGUAUUCAGCGUACUGUGUGUACGUAUUCAACAGUUUGUGUAUUCAGCGGUCUGUGUAUACUCAGCAGUCUGUCUGUGUGUAUUCAGGUUUAAUUGCCGUGCUGGCACUUUGAAGAAAAAAAAGUUGGCAUGUAUUGCGGUUUGGGCAUUCGGGCUCAAAAAGGUUCAAUAUCACUGCUCUAUGAUCACCACAUCACGGACACUCCACUUACACCAUCCAUUGGAUUAUUACUGCUGUUCCCAGACACAUGGAGUGCAGAGUCCAAACAAAUUGCAACUAUAAUUAUACUAGCGGCCAGAAAGCUUAAAGCCCUUAAUUGGAAACAAACAUACUGCCCUUCCAAGAAGGAACUUAUUGAAACACACCAAUAUUACAGAUAUGAAACCCUAUCCACAGACUCAUACAAUAAAGCCAAACAUGUAGAGGAGGUUUGGAAACCUUGGCUUAGUCUCAUCCACAAACAAGAUACACAGAAAUAGGGAUGACAUGGCCAGUAAAAGACUAUCUGCUGCAUCUGAUGGGACAUAGGCUAGUUAAAUACUUAAGCCCCAGAAACUAGAAGAUAUAAUGUCCCAGAUGUGCCAGUUUAUAAGAACAGAGACAGUCGACCGAGAGCAGGGAAUGGCAGGCCUUGUGGCCUCGGGGGAGGUUGCUGUGGGGUAGAGAACUCGAAGUGGAUCACACAUACACAACCUUACUAAAGGAUUAUCAUGGAUAAGUCGUCAUCACCAAUCCCAAGUUUAUCCCCCCCUACCCCACCCCUCCCGCCUUGCUAUGUGUUCGGUUAGUACACUGUUAGUCAACCCUAUCUGAUUAGACCCUAACAGUCGCAUCAUGUAGGCGAAAUAAGCUGAUUUACGAAACCAGACACCGUUACUGCGGCAUACCUACUGCCUAGGAUACGGCUAAAAAAAUGUACAGCUUCCAAGUUAUAUGACCGUAUAAUACUACAAGACAUGGAGGCCUGUGACUAUAUCCCCAGGGUCUCUUUCCCCACCCCCAAUUCUUCCCCCAACCAUGACUAUCUAAUGACUUGAUACAUCACAUUUCGAAACGCAACAGACACUGACACAAGAGUCACUGAUUGUGGGUUACAGAUCCAUAUUAGAUGCGGAGGUCCCAGCCAUGUAAAUUCUAACUCCUCGGACUCCAUAAAGGGUUCAGGAGAUAGAGGUUCUUACAGGGAAUCGAAAGUAUACUGGUUGAUCACUGACUUUGUGUUGUUGUAUUGAUGGCAAUGCUACCUAGAUGUUGUGGAUGGAUUGCCUUAAUGGCUGCACCCCCUGUAUCUCCCUGUUUGCUUUCUGUACCCUUGAUUUCUUUGAAAAAUUGAAUAAACCACAAAUAAAAAAAAUUUAAAAAAUGUGACGCAGUGUCCAUAGUGCAUUGAGAUGUUUUUAUUGUUGUUGUUUUUUUGGGUUAUUUUUUUUCUUUCUUCUUCAAGAUGAAAGGAGCCACAAACAUACUUGUGGCUUUUUCUUGUUGGUACUAGAAGAAUACCAUUGACAUGAUUACCAUAGACUUGGCAAGAAUUCAGCUUGAUUUUAGGGUGCAGAAAGAAACAGUGGUUGUGUCAUUGGAUAAUUUAUUUAAUAGUUUUCUGUUCCUAGUUACAUUAAAUGUUCAGUUUUUCAACCAGCUCCUUUCAUCCCAGUAGCCAAUGUGCCCCUUCUUCCUAACUAUAGUAGUUAUCCACAAUUAAAAAACGUAGACAUAGGAGACAUACAACGCUGUGUCCCUUUUUUUUAUACCAUACUACCAAGCAUAUGACAAAUAUACUUUUUACCACUAGAGGGUGCUCAUUGCUCAUCCUUUAUGUGAAGUCCAGAUUUUUAGGAUGGUUUGGAUUUUUUAAAAAAUUUUUUGGUAACAUGAACAUUAAAGUAAUUAAUAUUGGGGACACUAUUAUAACGUGUGCUGGUUGCCGUUUGCUGGUCUAAAUUGGAAAAAUGUGUUAUUGUCGUCAAUAGGUGACAUGCUAGGGAGUUUAAAAUAAUAAGACCAAGAAGAUAAAUAAAAAGCAGAUUUUCAUGAUAUAUUGUAAAUUAAUAGCAAAAAACUAGCAAUCACUCUAAAACCAACAUUUUUUUUUUAUAGAGCCGUCGUGCAUCUUUAAAAAUGAGUCAUUGUGGUACAAAGAUCGAAAGGCUGUGCAUAUAUAUCCGUUAGGAAAGCAAUGAUCUCAUGCAGAAUUGCUUCGUUUAAAGCUUUCCAUUUAUUAUGUGAUUGUAUUCUGGUCCUCGCUAAAUCAUACAAUAUAUCACAUGAACAUACCAUGGGCAUUGUUUUCUUUUUUUAAAAUAACAUUCAAUAGUAUACACAUUUCUUAACAAACCAAAUGAAUUGAAAAGCCGGGCAGUGUUACAUCAUACCUCUUUAAGGCUGUUAAUCUGUGCGCACACCACAUGCUUUUCAUUAAUGCAAUGAAGGGCUAGUAAACUUUGCCAAUUUAAAACCAGUGGUAAAAUGAAUUUUAAAUGGCUUAUUAUGUUUCAUUUAUUACACUAGGAAUGUGUUGACUAUUUUUGGAUGGCAGCCCUCCUUUCAUUGCAAUUAAAUCUUGGUUUUCAAAAUCUUUUCAGCCAACUUUUCUUUUUACGCUUAGACAAUUUAGAAAAAAAUUGGACAUGGGCCCACGUGAAGAACCCUUGGUGUGCCACAGCUGUCCUUCAUUUUGUGGGUAUGCUUAACUCAGGGCUUGACAAAUUUGCUUCAAAUCUAGGAGCCAGCAAAAAAAUUUAGGAGCCAGGAUUUGUAAAAAAUGCAAUUCUUAAAGGGACACUAUAGUCACCAGAACCAUUACAGCUUAAUGUAGUUGUUCUCGUGUAUAGCCUGUCCCUCCACAUUUUUCAAUGUAAACCCUGCUUUUUCAGAGAAAAGGGCAGUAUUUACAUUGUUGCCUAGUAACACUUCUAGUGAAAGUCACUCAGAUGGCCUCUAGAGUGCCUCCUGGGUCAGUUCUGCACAGUACGCAGCACCUACGUUUAGUGCUGAAUGUUCCCCAUAGAGAUGCAUUCAUUCAAUUCAUCUCUAUGAGGAUAUGCUGAUUGGCGCAGCAUGGCGCUUUGCCACACAUGCACAAUAGCCUCCCAAUGCUUUCCUAUGGGAAAGCAUUGGAUUGGCUGAGAUCAUCAAGAUUGAUGAUCGCAGUCAUGGAGGCAGGGCCAUCUGCGGCAAGACUAGCUCUGCGGUGGGUGAAAAAGAUGAGUAAAUUCUCCUUACCUAUGUGAUUGGAGGGGGACCGGUCACCUAAACACAUGCUCACUGACACACACGCACAUUUACUGUCACUGCAAUAACAACAAACAUUAAGGUGACCACCCAGCCUCCCUACCUGGAGCUGGAGUGGUUUGGCUUUCCCUGGGGUCCAGUGGGGCUUCAGUCAUCUCCCUGCUCUGCUCCAUAGAGCGCAGUUUAGUGAUGCUGGGGCUGGAAUUACGUCAUAUUCUGGCUCCAGGCAUCACUGGAGGAUGCACGAGGGAGCAGAGCAGGGACGGAGGUUACAGCUCCCUCGCGUGAGUGCCCAUCUGCCUCAAUUUUCCAGGAGCCUCCUGCCCGUGCGCACAUCCCACGCUCUCCAUCCAGACCAGCCGACCGACCACCCGCAAAUGCUCUCCCUUUAGCCAGGUGACCAACCGCACACCCAUGCUCUUUAUGAGCCGGCCGACCGCCCGCCUCCACUCACAGGCAGCUGACCACCUCAGGGGUUGAGUAGGCUAACAAAUCCUAGUUGCCACGGCGACCUGGCACCUGGGAUUUGUCGAGCCCUGGCUUAACUGUGGGAUACCAGUAUUUAACCUGAAUCUAUUACACAUUGUAUUAUGCAGCAAUUAAAUGAUGGCAAAUCAAAAACUCUGUUAUGAAUACCUGGAGAGGUUCAAAGUGAUGUUUUGCAGUGACAUGCUAUGAGUGAUGGACGAUGGCUUAUCUCAAGCCUCACAGCCUAUUAUUGCCCUCCACAUUUGUUCCUCAUUCUCUUGGCAGCAGAGUGAGCAGGCUUUGGGUGACAGAGUUCCUGUGUUCUUUUUUUUUUAUUUUUUUUUUUAAUGCUUUUAUAAAAAAAAAAAACCUUUAAACUCUUCUUCCAAAAACUCUUUGCAUCAUGACAAUUACAAUAAGCUGCAGUGUCCCUUUAACCCCCUAAGGACACAUGACAUGUCAUUAUUCCCUUUUAUUCCAGAAGUUUGGUCCUUAAGGGGUUAAAAUGAUGUCUGUUGGUGUUAACACCAACAAUGACCAUUGAUCCGUAGGUAACUACAGACAAAUCUGUGAAAAAUGAUGUAUUUAUUAGCAACUUCUUGAGCCACUUCCAUUAUUGCUGCUAUAAGAUAUGCUUUCAUUUUGCAAAACUGCAUACUAUUUAAUAGGAAAAUGUGUAAUAGCAAUAGAAAAGCUAAUCUUUUUGUAUAUGCCAACCUCCUCUGUUUUGGUAAUAUCAAGAUUUCAACGUCAGUAUGUCACCAAGAUGCAAAUGGCACGCCAACCUUGGUACCUAGUUCUGUCUGUGCAGAUCUUAAAGCUAGCUCUAACAGGGCAACACCAACCAGUACUAUUCACUGUCUUUGGGGUAAAGAGUCAGAUUAUUGUGGACGAUAUGCUUGAUGGCCUCAUUCAGUUAGCCCAAUAUUCAGUCUCUGCUUACAAACAUAGCUAUAUAUUAAUGCAUAUGUACUCUCUCAGGGGUACUAAAUUGAGAAUUGAUAGGAAGGGGUCCCACAACAAAAAUAAACGGAUGCACACACUGCCUGCUCCGUGGAGGUGACACUCUGGGUGGACUGGACUUAUCUUGUUUUAUGUGUCAUAUACUUGUUCUGAUACAUGCAGGACAAUUUGUAUCAUGUGACUCAUGAAAUGUAAUGGUCACAUGACUUUCUCUCUGAUUAGCACAAGUUGGUGAUAUUUUAUUAAACAUUUAAUAUAUGUAUUCAAAUAAAAAAAUAAUAGAGAAUAAUUCAAAACAAAUACAUUUUUAAAUGUUUGUUUUUUCUUCUGCUUGUAGGGUAGAUUUAUUUAUACCUGGAGUAUCUACAGUGGGAGGAUUUUCAAUCUGUUCAAGUCCUGGUCUUCUGGAAAAAGAAGGCAUUUUAGAAUUGGCUGUUAAAUAUAACCUGCAUCCACCUGCACAUUGGAUUCACACAGAGGUAAUGUCAAGUCUUUCUUUCGAGUUAAAUAGGCGAACAUUAACCCUUUAAGUGCCACUGAGGUGGUUUGCCAUCUGACUUCUCCUGAACCUUUUCUCGGAUCCAAAGUGCUUACGUUUACAAUGCAGCUAUAACAAGAGUAAGGAAAAAAAAUCUGCGUAUGUGCGAACGAUUUUAUGUAAUGUUGUUGUCUCAGAACAUGUUAUAAUGUAUUCUGUCUUUUUCAUUAACAUUUUUUGAGCCUUCUGUAUCCUCACCUCUCUCUGUUGCUGAACCUAAGUCUACUGUUUCUAAUUAACGUUUUUGUUUCAAGGAUGUAAUGACAGUCAUUCUGUGGUGACCCUUGUGAUGGAGUCAUUUGGUUUCUUGGUGAUUUUAUAUUAUUUAUUGGCUCCAAGUUCCAAGUAAUUCUUGCUUAGCAGGCUUCCUUGCGUUGAUGUAUGUAGAUAACUUGAUAGUGUUGAUAGUUCGGGCUAUGGAGAUAAAAUAGGUUGUUACAUUCCAUAGGAAGGGGCAUGAACACGGAACUUGGUCUGUGUAUACAUUUGAGGAGGGUGUUCUAAUCUUCUAUGUGUUUUUCCCAGUCUGUAUUGUCAAGAUGUACAGCUAAAAGGCAUUAAGUAUUCAUGUAAAAAUAAUAAGAAAUCUCUUUUACAACAAGCAGUAUCACUUCUGAAUUAAAAAAAAUCAGACAUUGCAACUAUUAAACCAUCCUGCAGAAACACCCAUCACUCUCAGGCCUCACUUCACAAUCAACUCAGUGAAGACUGCAUUUACCAUGCUGCAGAAACACCCAUCACUCUCAGGCCUCACUUCACAAUCAACUCAGUGAAGACUGCAUUUACCAUGCUGCAGAAACACCCAUCACUCUCAGGCCUCACUUCACAAUCAACUCAGUGAAGACUGCAUUUACCAUCCUGCAGAUACACCCAUCACUCUCAGGCCUCACUUCACAAUCAACUCGGUGAAGACUGCAUUUACCAUCCUGCAGAAACACCCAUCACUCUCAGGCCUCACUUCACAAUCAACUCGGUGAAGACUGCAUUUACCAUCCUGCAGAUACACCCAUCACUCUCAGGCCUCACUUCACAAUCAACUCGGUGAAGACUGCAUUUACCAUCCUGCAGAAACACCCAUCACUCUCACUCAUCACAAUGCAGCUUACCAUCCUGCAGACACCCAUCACUCUCAGGCCUCACUUCACAAUCAACUCGGUGAAGACUGCAUUUACCAUCCUGCAGAAACACCCAUCACUCUCAGGCCUCACUUCACAAUCAACUCGGUGAAGACUGCAUUUACCAUCCUGGAAACACCCACACUCUCAGGCCUCACAAUCAACUCGGUGAAGACUGCAUUUACCAUCCUGCAGAAACACCCAUCACUCUCAGGCCUCACUUCACAAUCAACUCGGUGAAGACUGCAUUUACCAUCCUGCAGAAACACCCAUCACUCUCAGGCCUCACUUCACAAUCAACUCGGUGAAGACUGCAUUUACCAUCCUGCAAAUACACCCAUCACUCUCAGGCCUCACUUCACAAUCAACUCGGUGAAGACUGCAUUUACCGUCCUGCAGAUCACCCAUCACUCUCAGGCCUCACUUCACUACCAACUCGGUGAAGACUGCAUUUACCAUCCUGCAGAUACACCCAUCACUCUCAGGCCUCACUUCACAACCAACUCGGUGAAGACUGCAUUUACCAUCCUGCAGAUACACCCAUCACUCUCAGGCCUCACUUCACAACCAACUCGGUGAAGACUGCAUUUACCAUCCUGCAGAUACACCCAUCACUCUCAGGCCUCACAACCAACUCGGUGAAGACUGCAUUUACCAUCCUGCACUGAUACACCCAUCACUCUCAGGCCUCACUUCACAAUCAACUCGGUGAAGACUGCAUUUACCAUCCUGCAGAAACACCCAUCACUCUCAGGCCUCACUUCACAAUCAACUCGGUGAAGACUGCAUUUACCAUCCUGCAGAUACACCCAUCACUCUCAGGCCUCACUUCACAAUCAACUCGGUGAAGACUGCAUUUACCAUCCUGCAGAUACACCCAUCACUCUCAGGCCUCACUUCACAAUCAACUCGGUGAAGACUGCAUUUACCAUCCUGCAGAUACACCCAUCACUCUCAGGCCUCACUUCACAAUCAACUCGGUGAAGACUGCAUUUACCAUCCUGCAGAUACACCCAUCACUCUCAGGCCUCACUUCACAAUCAACUCGGUGAAGACUGCAUUUACCAUCCUGCAGAUACACCCAUCACUCUCAGGCCUCACUUCACAAUCAACUCGGUGAAGACUGCAUUUACCAUCCUGCAGAUACACCCAUCACUCUCAGGCCUCACUUCACAAUCAACUCGGUGAAGACUGCAUUUACCAUCCUGCAGAAACACCCAUCACUCUCAGGCCUCACUUCACAAUCAACUCGGUGAAGACUGCAUUUACCAUCCUGCAGAUACACCCAUCACUCUCAGGCCUCACUUCACUACCAACUCGGUGAAGACUGCAUUUACCAUCCUGCAGAUACACCCAUCACUCUCAGGCCUCACUUCACUACCAACUCGGUGAAGACCGCAUUUACCAUCCUGCAGAUACACCCAUCACUCUCAGGCCUCACUUCACAACCAACUCGGUGAAGACUGCAUUUACCAUCCUGCAGAUACACCCAUCACUCUCAGGCCUCACUUCACAACCAACUCGGUGAAGACUGCAUUUACCGUCCUGCAGAUACACCCAUCACUCUCAGGCCUCACUUCACAACCAACUCGGUGAAGACUGCAUUUACCAUCCUGCAGAUACACCCAUCACUCUCAGGCCUCACUUCACAAUCAACUCGGUGAAGACUGCAUUUUUUUUCUCCCCACUUCCCGCCCACCCAGGCUCCCCUUAAAUAUAUAGCAUGCUCUUCCAGCUGUUCGAGAUUCUCACCCAAUUACCUGUUCAUUCCCCUAACAUCUUACCAAUAGCUGCUUCUCUGUUAACUCUUUCAGUCAUCACCUCCAUACUUCCCCUGCUACCUUUUGUCUCAAAUCCCCCUGGUAUCCUUUAGAUUGUAAGCUCAAGGGCCAUCUAGCUAAGCACUUUGUAUAAAAGAGCUCCAAUGGCUAGAUAUCAGCUUACGGGCAGGGCUCUCUUACCUCUUGUAUUUGUUUGUGUAUAUUGUACGUUUCUCAACUAAUUGUACAGCGCUGCGGAAUCUGUGUGCGCUUUAUAAAUUGCAAUAAUAAUAAAAUAAUAAUAAUUUAAAAAAAAGUUUAAAUUGAUCAUUGAAAUCCUGGAAUGAAUGAAAUUUUGUCUUGUUGACAUAUUGUACUGUGCUACAGAAUUUGUUGGUGUUAUAUAAGUAAUUGUAAUUCAAUUCCUCCCUCUACUCUAUUUUUGACAUUUUGCUGACCCGAUUCUCCUUACAGACAUCCAUUCACUCCUUAUGAUGUAAAUUUCAUUCAAGCAUGACAUAUCAUUAGGGUGUCCAACCGAGAGUUUUUUCGUUGUUAUAUUUUAUUUUAUUUUUAAAAAGUAAAUAAUUUUUAAAGGAACAAACAAAACCUAUAGUGGUUAUGGUACCAGGACUCUCCUGGCAUCUCCCAGUGUAAUUUCUCAUACUGUUUUAAAACAGUUUAACAACUUAACUGUAUUACUGUUUGUGUGUGUGUGUGGGUGGUGUAAUGACUGUGUUGUGUAUGUGUCUGCUAGAUGUGUGUUACAUGUGUUUUGGCUGUGUAUGGGGUAUCAGUGUGUAUGAUGUAAGUGGCCUUCCAUGUGUGGCUGUGCGUAAAUCGCUUUGAGUGAUUUGUGUUGCAGUGCAUGAUGUGUGGGAGUGAAAGAUAUGUAGGUAGCUGUAAGUAAUUAUUAUUAUUGCCAUUUAUAUAGCGCCAACAGACUCCGUAGUGCUUUACAAUGUUAUGAGAGGGGGGAUUUAACUAUAAAUAGGACAAUUACAAAAGCCUUACAGGAAUGAUAGGUUGGAGAGGACGCUGCUCAAACAAGCUUACAUUAUAUAGGAGGUGGGGUGUAAAACACAAUAGGACAGGAAUUUGCAGUCAAAUAAGGUUGGCUGUUCUUUAGGAGAGAGCAAGAGACAGGUAUGUAAGGUAGAGGUUAAUCUGGGAGGCCAUAAGCUUUCCUAAAGAGAUGGGUUUUAAGGCACUUCUUAAAGGAUGCAAGACUAGGGGAGAGUCUGAUGGCGGUAGGCAGGCUAUUCCAUAGGAAGGGAGCUGCCCGCGAGAAGUCCUGCAAGCGUGAGUUGGCCGUACAGGUGCGGACAACGGACAGGAGGUGGUCACAGGCAUAGCGGAGAGACAGAGAAGGGACAUACCUAUGGAUCUGUGAAGAGAUAUGAGGGGCUAGAGCUGUUCAGUGCUUUAUAGGUGUGAAUUAGUACCUUGAAUUGACUCCUAUAGCAUACAGGAAGCCAAUGUAAGGCCUGACAGAGGGGUGAGGUGUGAGAGAACCGACUAGAGAGGAAAAUCAGUCUGGCAGCAGCAUUCGUUAUGGACUGUAGCGGUGCAGUACGGCUUUUGGGAAGUAAUGGGUGUACCUGUGUAUGAUUGUGUGGGGGGAGGGGCUGUAUGUGGGUAGCUGUAAGUGAUGCUGUAUGUUGGUAGCUUAGUGUGUUUUGUUUUGCCAAGUGCACAUUAGAAUUGCUUUUUUUUUUCUUUUUUUUUUUAAAAUGCUAUUUUUGCCUUGGUGGCUAUGAUCUUAAUUGCCUGGUGGUCAUAGCAUUGUUCCUUGGUGAUCCAGUGGGGUUGUGAUUUUGGCCCUGCUCCAUGGUGUCCCAGUUUGGCUGUGAUCAUGGACCAGUGGGACUUUCAUAGGUGGAAGGAUAGGCACUAUAGUGUGGAAAGAUAGGGGCUGUGGUAUGUGGGGCAUAGGGCGGUAGUCGGGAGAGAUUGAGGCUGUGGCUUGUGGGGGGUGGGAUGGGUUGGGGUUGCUGGGCAAGUAUGAAAACAAAAAAGUUUUGUUUUACAAAUAAUUAAAGUUUAUUCCACCCUCCCUUGUGGCUUAUCUUGAGCCAGGGAAAGGGGAUUCCUGAUCUCUGGUGGGAGUUGCAUCUUGUUUGCACCUGUAGUGAUUUCAGACUUCUCAUUCUGUCCGGCACCGGGGAAAGUAUCAGUACAUUGCCCUGGUGACCCAUGCAAAGCUUUGAUAUAGUAGAAGGAGCAAAGAACUUGAUCUGUACCCACAGGAGCAUUAGGGUAAUCAAGCUGAUCAGAGAGAUCGUAGAUCACCCCACCAGCCAUGAACCUUCCUCAGUGAGCCAGUAGCUGGCCAGGGGGAGCCUUUAUUCUCAUGUGCUGACCUCAGCGGCGCAAUUUGGAUUUGCCUGUGCACAUGUUAUACACUCUGUGCGAAUGUCUAGCAUUCUAUAGUCUUCUUGGUCUUUGUGCCAUCCUUUCAUCAACUUCUCACAAGUGAAACUUUUUCCCACUCCUUGUCUUUAUCAGGCAUGUCUUCUGUAUUUUCGUCCUCCAUAAUCUAACCAUUAUACAUUCAGGAUGCAGCUUCCUGUAUUCUCCUUCAUUUAUCCCUAUCAACUACUGUCACCUUCCUACUGCAGCAGUCCCACUGGUAUCCUGUCUACCAAAAUUAUAUAUUAACCAUUUUUAUUCUCUUAUACAAAUCCCUCUACAACAUUUCACCCUCCCCUCACUUUCCUAUACCCACCUCUUCACUUCCACACUCGUACAACCCCAUACUCUAUCUCCGUUCUCCUCAUUGUCUCUAAGAUCUCUAACAUACUUGUUCAACUGGCCAUCAGCCUCAUAACGUGUCUUCAAAACCUUAUUUACAAAUGUUGGCUAAAGAUACUCUGAGGAAGUGGUUUACAUAGUAACACUGUAAAUAGUUGUGAAGGACAAUUUUAGUUUUGGUCAUGUGAGCAUUUCUUUUGUUUGUUUGGUUCUUAAAUACCAGUAUCACAUGAAAAAACUCCAAAAAUAAGGGUCUUAAAGUAUGUCUCACAUCCCUUGACAGCUCUAUUAAUAUCAAGUCUCCUUUGCUCAGUUUUACAGCAUAAUUGCAAACGUAUGUGUCCCAUAUGCUCAGAAAACAAUGGCAAACCAUAAUGUUCUGACACUUCACGUUUGCUGUCUUCUCGUAUCUAGUUCAUCAUCAAAGAACUUUGCACCCACUCCCAGGCCAUGCUUAUUAAGCAGGUUGUAAAAACGCAUUGAUUCCUCCCCCAAAAACGGGGGAGGCGAAGGAGUUGCCCAAACAUCAGUCUCUGUCCAGAUGAAGUACUAAAGUAAAUUUGUCUUAGCACUGUAUAUGAUUUUUCAUUUUCAAGGCCAAGCUUAGCAGCUGAUACAACAUUUCGGAGAUUUAAGAAAGAGGGGAUUUUUGUGACGAACUUCAAUGUAAGGUCAUGAUUGAGCCUUUUUAUUUUUUUGUGAAAAUACAGAAAUUCACUGUCUGGAAUUUGUAAUAGUUAUUGCAUUUUUGUUCUUUAUUUUUUAAUGUGUCUGCCCCCCCCCACUUCCUUGCAAAAAGACUGCUUGUCGAAUUUUGUAUAAUUUUUCCCUUUGAAUUCAUACACAUAAAAGUAAAGCACAAUUUGUGGAAAAAAAUAUAAUAGUGUACAUAAGCAUUCUUGUGAACAAUAAGUGGCAAGUCUCUAUAGUGUGACCUGCCAUGCCAAAUAAAAAAAUCUAAUUAUUUAGUUCACACUCCUAAUGCGAGAUUAACCCCUGUAGAAAGAUGUGAGUAAACAAACACAUGAACCUUAUAGUGGUAAAGAAAAAGGAGAGUAAUAAAUAGAGGAUUCAAAUAUAUGGGGAUUUCUGUGCCAAAACUACAAAAUAAGAAAAAUUAAAUUUCUGUUUUGGAUUUAUCUCAGGGAAGUUGUUAUGGUGCUGAAGUCCUGGAUAUUGUCUUACUUUAUAGUUUUAAACUAGUUAAACAUACCCGUCUUGUGGUUUUCUCGAUAGGAAGUUAGUGAUUGGUAGGUAGUGAUUAUAAGCCUUUCACUGGCACCCAGUUCAAGUCUCUCAUUGAGGAGAAGAGGGAAGAACAGACAGGGGACGUCUACACAGCUUUAUGGUUAAACCAUUCGUAAACGGUUCUGACAUUUUAUGGGUCUUUGCCCCCCAAAUGGUGACUGCUCCGCUUACAUUACAGUGGGCACGGAGUGCAGGGGAAGGUAGUUUUUACUUACCUGAAUUUGUACAUCAUGGGCACCACCAUCUUCUUUCACAAGUUCCUCUUCAGUUCCUGGUGUUUUGUCUGCUAGGAGCAAACGUCAGAGAUGUACUCUCGCAUAUGCGUGACCGUGGUAUCCUUCAUAGAAAGGAUAGAAUAUUUCUUUCUAUCUAUCCAUUCAUUUCUAUCUAUCUAUAUCUAUCUAUCCAUUUCUAGCUAUCUAUCUAUUUCUAUCCACACUCCCUCACUCUCUCCCUCACUCACUCUCUCCCUCACUCCCUCCCUCCUUGUCAGGGUCUUACCUGGGUUGGGAGUCUGUAGCGCAGAUAUGUUGCUCACCCUUGCAGAUAGCCACAGGCCAAGGUGGUCAGGUAAGAAUUCACCCGGCCUGUGGGUCUGUGCACGAUGAAGUACCAAGUCGCAGGACAGACAAGGACUCAAACAGCAGGAUCGUCAAAGGAUAGCCGAGGUCAAAGGAUGCCAGAAGACAGGAACAACGAGGAGUAGCCGAAGUCAAGGGAUGCCAGAGGUCAGAGUAAACGUAGUCAGAAACCAGGGUCAAUAACAAGUAGCAGCUCAAACGACAGGAACACUGGUACAAAGCACACAACAGGAUCAAAGACUUGAGGCUGAUCACAGGGCGAGGCUGAGUUUAAAUACCCUGCUAAUGUCUGAUCAGGGUCAGGUGAAGCAUAUCCAAAGUCAAGGUACAGCCCCCAGAGUAAUAGACAUGCCAGGAUGAAUAGGACCAGAAUGACAUGUGGAAUACAAAAGCUGCUGUGGCUCAGAGGAAGGAAGCAGGACCAGGACUGCGAAGUUCCCCGGUUCAAGUCCCUUGUUGGGACCACGUCAGGCCGUCUGCGGCGAGAACCGUGACAGGACCCCCUCUUCAAGAACACUCUCCGGGUGUGAUUUGGUUGCUCAUCAUUACCUUCCAGAUCAGAAGUACCUUUCUCCUCUGAGAGAUCAAAUAUAUCAUCUGGCAGGAGGUACGUUCUUCCAUAGGCAUCCAUGCCAUACGUACGGCCUUCUUCCAGAUUAGAGGGAAACACAGCACCUACUGUAGCCUUUGCUCUAGUAGUUCUCACAGGGGAGGUAUUCGCAGCUUUCAAUGCUUUUUCAAAUAUUUCUAGAUCCUGUUUGCAUACAACUGUGCCAGUUGAGGCAUACGUGCAGUCAGGUGGCAGAACUUUUUUGGCAAGGCAGGAAGUGGUAAUGGUGCUUGCUUGAGCAGAAGUGUCAUCAGGAAGAGGUCUAGAGGUUUCUGGAGCAGGAGGUGGAGAUUUCACAGGGGUACUGGUUGCAGGUUCUUGAGGGACACUGGUAACUUUGACUGUAGUAGUUUGGGUACCCUUUUGUGUCACAAGACGGGGACACGGCUGGCAUGCAGUGUACACAGGGUGGAGGAAAGUAGUACCCAGUCGGAGAGCUGGAGGUCUAGGAGGACGAACAGGGCAAAGUGUGAUGAAAUGCCCUCUUUCUCCACAGUAGUAACAUAGGCCAUGGCUUCUCCUUCGGUCUCUUUCCUCAGGUGUCACUUUGCAGUGAACAAGUCCUAAUUGCAUAGGUUCCUCAGGGUCGAGUGGAACACAGGAUACCUCAGGAGUUUUCAUAGGAACAGGAUCAUAAGGAGACAUCACUGGGGUGUAGUGGUGGUAUUGGGUUUCUUGGUUACGAAUAAUCUGAGAUUUUUUGGUACGUGGAGCUGGCUUGGUCACAGUGGUCUUGCAUUGUGAGUCCAUAGCGGUACUGAAGGAUUCCCAGCUGACAAGGACAGAACUCUUUGUCUGCAACAUUUGGUGAGCCCAUACUUUGAUGCAUCCAGACAACAGGUUGAUAGCCGCUCGGACCUUGAUGAAAUCUGUGGCAUAUGUUCGAGGCUUUAAAGAAAACAACACCUCACAAUCCAUCUUAAAGGACUGAAAGGAUGUGCGGCUACCAUCAAAACGGUCGGGCAUGAUGACAAACGGUUCAGGAUAAGCUGGUUCCGGGGCUGGACGUACUGCGCCUUUAAGAAAUAAAAUUUCUUGCUGCAACUCCAAAACAGUCUGGGCCAGGCUGGACACUGGUUGGAACAGGGGUGAGCACAUCUCUGCGGACUCCAUAUUGCUCAAGUCUUUUUGUCAGGGUCUUACCUGGGUUGGGAGUCUGUAGCGCAGAUAUGUUGCUCACCCUUGCAGAUAGCCACAGGCCAAGGUGGUCAGGUAAGAAUUCACCCGGCCUGUGGGCUGUCUGUGCAGGAUGAAGUACCAAGUCGCAGGACAGGCAAGGACUCAAACAGCAGGAUCGUCAAAGGAUAGCCAAGGUCAAAGGAUGCCAGAAGACAGGAACAACGAGGAGUAGCCGAAGUCAAGGGAUGCCAGAGGUCAGAGUAAACGUAGUCAGAAGCCAGGGUCAAUAACAAGUAGCAGCUCAAACGACAGGAACACUGGUACAAAGCACACCACAGGAUCAAAGACUUGAGGCUGAUCACAGGGCGAGGCUGAGUUUAAAUACCCUGCUAAUGUCUGAUCAGGGUCAGGUGAAGCAUAUCCAAAGUCAAGGUACAGCCCCCAGAGUAAUAGACAUGCCAGGAUGAAUAGGACCAGAAUGACAUGUGGAAUACAAAAGCUGCUGUGGCUCAGAGGAAGGAAGCAGGACCAGGACUGCGAAGUUCCCCGGUUCAAGUCCCUUGUUGGGAACUCCAUGGGUGACCACGUCUGGCCGUCUGUUUGCUGCGGCGAGAACCGUGACACUCCUUCACUCACUCUCUCCUUCACUCACACUCCCUCUUUCCCUCCCUCACUCUCUCCCCCUCACUCACUCUCUCUCCCUCCCCCUCUCUCUCUCUCUCUCCCUCCCCCUCUCUCUCUCUCCCUCUCUCUCUCCCUCCCCUCCCCCUCUCUCUCCCUCUCUCUCUCCCUCUCUCUCUCUCCCUCCCCCACUCUCUCUCCCUCACUCACCCUCUCCCUCACUUCUCAGAAAAUACAGUGUUUACAUGAAAAAGGCUGCUGGGAGUUAUUGUAUCCACCUGAACAACCCCAUUAAGCUGAAGUUGUUCAGGUGACUAUAGUGUCCCUUUAAGCACACAAGUCCCCAUAAAUUUGGGUAUACAUUCCAUUUUGUGGUUUUCAUCACAAGCAUCCUUUUGUAACAAAGGAACUUGCAAUACCCAAAUAUAUCACACCAAGAGCUUGACAAAGCUGUUACAAGAUACAUUUAGGAGAAUUUCCCCCAGUUUGAACCACAUGCCACAUGAAUAUAAGUGAGGUGCUUUUUGAGAUAAGUGCAUAUAUCAUGACAGCACCCAUAAAUCAUUCACAUGGAAUACACAAUAAAACCAGCUAUGACAUACUGAACCCAUAAUUUAACCACAUGGCAGCCACAAGCAUCCAGAUGACAGUUCAAAUGAAGCAUGCUUUAUAUAUUUAUACUGGGUUGCACAAUCUCUUUUUAACACUGUGCUCUUGCGUUGUCUGGUAUCACGUUCCAGUGUUCCAUACUGAAUAUUAAGGACACUUUUGGUAUUUUGCUGCUUCUUCACACAAAUUAGGCAGGUGAAUGCCAAGGCAACAGGACACAGUUCCUAGUUGCUAUGACAACCUGGAAUUUGUCAAAACCCUGUCACCCAAGCUAAAGGUCUUGCAUCGAUUGUUUAGGUUUGAAUUUUUUUUUCCCUUUUUCUUGCUAUCCUUCAAUAUUUAUACAACUUCAAUAGGUUUACUAAUAGACAACAGAAGUGCACUGUUACAGAAAGGAAGGACAACUGGACAAUCAAAGAAAGCCGGGUAGAAACGUUAAGGAGUAGAGUUGCCUGCGAGAUGGACUUUCCAUUUGUUAAUUCCUUACAGUGCGAAAGGUUGUAGAUAUGAAGGUGUUGAUGGCACUAAAAAGUUCAUUUAAAUCUUAGGCCAAAAUGGUUGAACAAUAAGCAUUCUUCAAUUUGAAUAUGUUUCUUAGUCUGCUAUUGGCCUAGAACUUGAAAUUCUCUUUGAAUUGCCACCAAUUCACACAAGACCUUCUAAAAGCCUCCCAACAUUCCCGAUUUUGUUGGCACUUCCUGAUUUUAUGGUCCUGUCCUGGCUUUGCUCUUUGGUGUGCCACUUCUGGAGACACCAGGGCACUGUCUCCAAAAAGCUCAUGCUCAUGCUGCACUCUGGGCAUUAAAACCCCGCAGAGACCACUGAAACAGUGCUCACACAUGGUCCGCCCUCGGUGGACUGGCUUGCUUGAUUGCCAGCCAGCCUUGUGUGCACUCAUGCCAGGCUGACCUGCCAGUUCCUGAUUCACCCCCUUUCUCAUUUGACACAAAUCUGUUCAUGUUGUCCGACAUAAUCUGAUAAAAUAGGAAGGUCAGAUGUAGAAUGGUUUGAAAAGGGCUAGGCGGGUCAUACAAAUUUAGGGUUUUGUUCACCCAUCCAGAGUAUGGGGUACUUUGAAAAGCUAUAGGGAUCUUUUUAGCUUUCUUGUUAAAGGACCACUAUAGUGCCAGGAAAACAUACUCGUUUUCCUGGCACUAUAGUGCCCUGAGGGUGCCCCCAGUAAACACUUACCUUUCUCCAGCGCCGGGCGGGGAGCUGUACUCCUCCUCUCCUCCUUGCUCGCGACAUCAUCGGCUGAAUGCGCAUGCGCGGCAGGAGCCGGUCGCAUAGGAAAGCAUUUACAAUGCUUUCCUAUGGACGCUUGCGUGCUCUCACUGUGAUUUUCACAGUGAGAAGCACGCAAGCGCCUCUAGCGGCUGUCAAUGAGACAGCCACUAGAGGCUCUGGAGGCUGGAUUAACCCUCAGUAUAAACAUAGCAGUUUCUCUGAAACUGCUAUGUUUAUAAAAAAAAGGGUUAAUCCUAGAGGUACCUGGCACCCAGACCACUUCAUAAAGCUGAAGUGGUCUGGGUGCCUAGAGUGGUCCUUUAAGUGGAGAACAUAACGAAGCUCAUACCAGGUUUUUUUAGAAUUGUUAAUACCCAGGUAAGUGCGGUAAGAGUUGGGUAAAGUAAAUUGAUAGUUGGCCUUUGAGAACAAAUAUAAAAAUCCACUGUGUUUCAGAACUGAGAGCCUCAGUUUUGUCUCUCUGUCAGUUAUUGUUGUAAGUGAUCACCAUAAUAAAUAAAUCUUUGCGCCUGUAUAGAGACAUCCCUACAAUGUAUAUCAAAUAUUUCCAUUUAAGCAGCAAUAAUCAAUUGUCAGGAGGGAACUAGUAAAGUUUAAAAGGAGAAACAAGAUGACUCCACGAAUGAAUUGGAGGCCUUGGCUGUGCCAGGAACGAAUUAGGCUGUGGUGUUAAUUCAUAAACCAAUACAUGCAUUUAAAAGAAAAUGGAACAUCACUUUUAAAAGUGCUAACACCAGUUAUGACAUUAGCUAAUUUUUCAUCUGACUAAACAUGUGGAUUUGUAAUUGACAAGAUUCAGAGUUUCUAUAUGUGUUUUUAUGAUGGCAUGGUGUUAGAUAAAUUCAGUUUGAUACAAAAUUCCUAUUCCUUCCUGAAUUUCCAAUCCCUCUUGUUUAUGUAUGUCUCCCACAUUCCUGGGAUAACUUGUGUUUAGGGAGUGGUGUCUGCAAAUUGCAAUGAGACAGCUGGAAUUUGAAAAGGGAAAAAAAAUGUUGCUGAAUAUUCUAAAAAUAAAAUAAAAUAGAUAUAUAUAUAUAUAUAUAUAUAUAUAUAUAUAUAUAUAUAUAUAUAUAAUUUCUGUAACCGGGUACUCUGAAACUGACCCAUUAUUUCUCAUGCAUCCUUAAAGGGAACUUGGCAUAAAAUAAAAGUUUAAAAAGUUUAGCUCUUUUAAAAGCGCUGGAAAUUCAAUAAUACAUUGGAAUAGCAGUUUUGCUAGCAAAUGUAUAGAUUUGAAGAAAAACUUCCCAAGUAAACUGUUUAGGGAGUAUAGGAAGUGAGUGAUAUGACAUCACUCCAUUCAGAUGCUGGCAAUGAACCCAGCAUGUCAGUCAUGAAUGAGGUUUGCUCCACUUAGGUAAGUGUCUCCAAGCAGGGCAAAUUAAAGAUGACCCCAGGAGGAGCGAGGUGGGUGUUACAGAAGUAACUAAUGAGAGCUAACAGAAGUAGGAGCUUGCAGCUGUACUAGAGGCUAAGAGGAGUCUGGAAGCAACACCCGGAGGUCUCGAAAUAAGAAGCCAAACCAUUGUUUAACUACUAACAUUGGGGAGGUGAGCACCAGGGCAGUCCUGAACCAUAUCCACUACAGCAUGCAACAGUGGUUAUGGUGCUUAGAAUGUUUCUUUAAGCUAGUUUAGAGUUUUCCAUACAUCUAAAAUGCUAUGAUGACUCCCUUACUACUUGUCAGGCUAUGUCACUUUUUGUUUACCCCUUCACUGUUUAUCCAUCCUGUGCUGUCUCUCACCCCUGCUGUGCAUGACAGUGUCAAGAAGUGUGUAUCUUUUAAAGAGGCAUAUUCGAUUUUCAUUCCUCAAAUGAAUGCAUUAUUUACACUUUUGUUUCUACCGAUAAAAUGAUAGUUAAAAAAAAAAAAUAUUAGUGCCUUUUUAAGGAAAAUGAUUUUGUCUCAUUGGAUAGUUGUCAUGUGUCUCUACGUAAAAGGCUGGAUGAUGCAUGGUAUUAACAUAUGAGUCUAGUAAGUGCACAGGGACACAAUACUUAGCAUUCUGAUACUGUGUUGUACUGUUAACAUAAAGCAGUGCUCAAGUAAUCUACACAUUAUACAAUCUAUAAUAUAUAAAUACACACACAUAGCUCUGGGUCAGCUCAUUUGAACGUACGGCCUUCUACCCUGGCAAUGUUGACUUCCUUGAAUUCAUAAAUGCUGGGACACACCACCAUCCCUAUUUUAAUAAUUUUCCCCAAAUUCACUUGUUGGGUGAAGUCCCAAUUGCAGUUAGUGGAUGUCAUGCUAAGUGAUCGGCGAAUGCUUUCAUGCUAUUUCAAAUGUCGGUUCUCUGAGUGUUCUCUUGAUGAGUGUUUUUUUUUUUUUCCUCAGUGUUCUUUAGGCUCAGAAGUGGCUCUGCGAGUAGGAGGGGACUUCUACUUCGACCCACAACCGUCAGAUUCUCCAGUGGAUUUAGUCUUAAUAGCUGGUGGAGUAGGAAUCAAUCCUCUGUUUUCUAUACUACUGCAUGUAGCGGAUCUUCAUGAAAUACGACAAUCAACAGGACAGGGAUUCCAAAUGGGCAAUGUAAAACUGCAUUACACUGCGAAAAACACCAGUGAACUUCUAUUCAAGGUAAUCGUUGAUAUUUAUAACCUUAUUUGAGUAUUUUGUGGUCACUUACAUUUACAGUGACCUAGUAGAUUUCACUUUAAUAACUAAUCCUUCAAAUAACUAAAACCACAAUUCAAAACAAGAAAACAAAAAUAGAUCCUUUGGUAAGGUACGAGAAUAGCAUUAUUUAUGACUCUACAGAAAUGGAUAUGUCGCUGUUUGGUUUACAAAGUUAAAAAGAAAACCUCAGCCAUGUUGUAUACUUUUUAGAUUAAAAGAUGUUUCUGAAGAUACAGUUAAAUUGGUCCUUUCUUGGGUGGGCUCAAUGAUCUGUAGUUUAAUAUUCAGCAUCCCGUAUGACCAAGUCUAUCCAUGAGGAGUUUGGAGUUUUAACAUGGUUAUCAGCAAAAAUCAGCAUGGUUUUAUGAAGCACAGGUCAUGUCAAACUAACUUGAUUGCGUUCUACGAAGAAGUAAGUAGAAGUAUAGAUCAGGGUGUUGCCGUGGAUGUGAUCUAUUUGGAGUUUGCCAAGGCAUUUGAUACAGUUCCACACAAUAGAUUAGUGUUCAAACUCAAGGAAAUCGGUCUAGAUGAAAAUACUUGUUCUUGGGUAGAACAUUGGCUUAAAAACAGAGUACAAAGAGUUGUCAUUAAUGGUAAACUUUCAAGCUGGACAGAGGUGGCAAGUGGUGUCCCUCAGAGGUCUGUUCUGGGACCCCUUCUAUUUAACAUGUUUAUAAAUGAUCUUGAAGACCGCAUUGAAAGUCAUGUUUCAGUGUUUGCAGAUGACACCAAACUUUGUAAAACAAUACAAUGUGAGCAAGAUAUUACUUUGCUGCAGAGGGAUUUAGAUAGACUGGGGGACUGGGCACUCAAAUGGCAGAUGAAAUUUAAUGUUGAAAAAUGCAAAGUUAUGCACUUUGGCGUAAAGAAUACACAAGCAACGUAUACCCUUAAUGGAAGCGAAUUAGGGAUAACACCACAUGAAAAGGACUUGGGAAUUGUUAUAGACCACAAACUAUGCAACAAUGUGCAAUGUCAGUCAGCAGUGGCCAAGGCCAGUAAGAUAUUGUCAUGCAUGAAAAAGGGCAUUCAUUCUCGGGACAAGAAUAUAAUUUUGCCUCUUUAUAAAUCACUGGUAAGACCCCAUAUUGAAUAUGCUGUGCAAUUUUGGGCACCUAUUCUAAAGAAGGAUAUUAUGGCACUAGAAAAAGUGCAGAGGCGGGCUACAAAAUUAAUAAAAGGAAUGGAACAUAUCGGCUAUGAAGAAAGGUUAACAAAUUUAAACCUAUUUAGUUUAGAAAAACGUCGCCUGAGAGGGGAUAUGAUAACAUUAUACAAAUAUAUUCGGGGCCAAUACAAACCAUUGUGUGGAAAUCUAUUCACAAACUGGACUUUACAUAGGACACAAGGCCAUGCGUUUAGACUGGAAGAAAGAAGAUUUCGUCUAAGGCAAAGAAAAGGUUUUUUUACUGUGAGAACUAUCAGGAUGUGGAUUUCUCUGCCUGAAGAAGUGGUUUUAUCAGAGUCCAUACAGAUGUUCAAACGUCUACUAGAUGCAUACUUGCAAGAACAGAAUAUUCAAGGAUAUAAUCUUUCAAUGUAGGGUAAUAACUGCUUGAUCCAAGGAUAAAUCUGACUGCCAUUCUGGGGUCAAGAAGGAAUUUUUUUCCUAGCUUGUUGCAAAAUUGUGCUUCAAACAGGGUGUUUUUGCUUUCUUUUGGAUCAACAGCAAAAAACAAAUAUGAGGAAGGCUGAACUUGAUGGACACAAGUCUCUUUUCAGCUAUGUAACUAUGAGUGAUUUGAACUCCUAUCUCUUUCUGAUACCGCAUUGUGGGAUGUCUUUCUUUGAUUACAAGAUGAUGGUGUGGCUUAGUUUUCUAUUUUCUUUUUUUUUUUUUUUUUUAAGGUUACCAGAAAAGCCUUUAUGUCUCAGCAGCUAGUAGCAUUAUACUUGGCUAGUCCUAUAACUCUUAAGUUUAACAUGCUUUGUGAAUAUAUAUAAGUUAUGCUUAUUAUGUAGAGUAUCAUCGCAGUAAUAGCUAGGCAUUAAUAUGAUUGUGCCUAAUUGUGCAUAAGGGAGUGACAUACAUUUUUGUAUAAUAACGACAGGAAUGAGUAGUAAAACAGAGUAGGUACAACGUUAAUGUUCAAGAUAUGUUAGAACAGUUGCAGUGCUGGAUUUGCAUAUAUGAUAAACAGCACAAUUGUAGUGAUUUAUGACAUGAGAAACUUAAUGCUGAGCUAAAUUAAUAGGAGAGUAGGUGAAAAAAGCUUAGACUAUGCAAGUAGUUUUAACUACUUAGAGUGUAGAGAGAGUACAUCAGGAUGUAUAGAUGGCAGGGCUGCCAGGAGCCAUCUCCGCUGAAUGCAGCCCAGAUUUUGAGAGAGUCCUCCAGACAGUGCAGGCUUAUCCAACCCCCGAUCUGCAAAACCUGUGGCAUGUCAGGAGUGAGUCCAGCAUGAUGUGUGCUGAGAGAGGUGAGUGCACUCCCAGUGUGUGAUGUCUUGCUUCUGCCCGUUCCUCCCUGGGAGGCAGCUGGAACGCAGGAGUGUCAUGCAGGUCGGCAGGGUUAUCAGUGUUGCUUGGUGAGGGACUGGGUAGCAGGUCUCAACUGUACUUUGCCGCAGGAGCCUGAAAUCCAACAUGUUUGUAGGUCAGUAAGUGGUGAUUUAGCUGUGUUAAUGAGCCCUUUUGCUUUUCAACCAUCAGUAUAGCCUCGAGACUUCUGAUCUGCUGUGACAUGGUGGUCUCUGGCUGUCCCGCCAUUUCAGGUCUGCCUGCCACUACCGCCAUUUUGGUUAUGGGGGCCCUCUGUGACUUAGGUGCUGCGGGUCAUGGGGACAGUCUCCUGGGACCGGGAUAACCCCCACCGGUCCAAAGGGGGGGGAAACGAGGCCUGUAUUGCGUGGCAUCAGAGUUCCAAAGGGAAACCACAGGGCAGGAUAGCAAGGCGGCGGCCGUCCACCUUACUCACCGCCCGGGUAGGGCUCAGAUGCAGCUAUGCCGAUGUGCCUUCUCAGGGGUUAGAACGCUUGUGGUCAGAGUGACUUCAGCACCAGUGCCUCUUUGCCCGCAGGACCGCUGCUUCUACACUGCAGAUGGGUAUAUUAUUCGCUUUUGACCGGCAUUAAUGUCGCUUUUCUGCAGGAGCUCGUCUUGUAUGCGACCUCUCAGCAUGGCGGUCCGGCCCCGCCCCCCUAGUUUUCUAUUUUCUGUGUAUUCUGCACACAUAAUAAAUUUCAUCGUCAUCUUUUGGUAAAAGUACUUACUGCUCAGAAUCUGGCAAGACAUUGACCAUUAGUGUGCUUUGAGUACUAAGAAGGGAAUGACUGACCUAAGCCUCUUUGGGUAUGCUGAGCAAGUGUAUAUAACCUGCCUAUCUCCCUCUACUCCGAGCCUUCCAGUGUUGCCAUACUGUAUAACAGACUAUGCCUAAAAACCGGUGCUCUAGGUCAGUCCUUCCCAAACAUUUUUUUUGGUAGAUUGCUAGAUGGGAAUCCCAAGUUUAAUGCUGACCCUUACUAAAAAGAACCUUGUAAACACUCCUUGAACCUGUUACAGCCCAGAAGUCACCAUGUUUGUGGCACACUUUGAGGUGGCAUGAGGAACACCAGUGGGCCUUGGCAAUCAGGUUGAAAUGUACUAGGAUACUGCUGGCACCAACCCUGCACUAAAUAAUCUCAGUGUAUCACUCAGCAAAUCACAUGGAACUUUCCAUAAGAUUGUCUGAAUGAGUUACUACCUUUAUUUCCAAUGCAACAUAUAUUUUUUUUCUUCUUCAACAAUUAUAGUAAAAGUUAUUAAAUGGUAUGUGGUUUACUGCUGGAAAUAUCUUCUUAGGUGAUGAUUGAAGAAAACUUAUUAUGCGGUUCUCAACAGGGAAGCUGUGCUUGUUCAGCUCUCAUUUCAAACAUCACGGCAUUGAAAAAUGUGCCAAAAAAUAUCCUAUAGAAAUUAUCCUCCUAAGGUUUUCUUUCCAUUGCUGCUUGUAGCCGUUCAGUAAGUUUGAUUCAUGCUCAGGGGUAUUUGUAUACUAUAGAAAGUUCAGCCCGGGCCUCAAGAAAAUAAUAUAGGAUUUGCAGAGUCGAAGUCUUGUGGAGUAGAAGAUUCUCUUGGGCUAAUGCUGUUACUAGAAUUUGAUUAAAAUAAUGGGACAUCUCUUAAUUCCAUAUUUUUGUAAUGACAUUAAUCAGGACCUUUGUAAACCUCCUUGUGGCCUUCCUUUCCUAAGACCAAAUGAAAAAACUUGUGAUUAAAAAUAGAUGUACCUGAAUGAAAACCCCAGUAAGUAAUGCUUUUUUUAUUUUUGAUCAUAAUUCAAAGGAUAUCAUUUCACAAUGAAUGGCUGGAGUAAUAGAACUAAGCACUUGACAUUAAGAUCUAGAAUGAGUCUAUUUUCUAGGUCGUGUGCUAAGAAUAUUGAAGUACUGAAGUCAAUUUUGAGAACUUGUUAUCUAUACAGUUUGCCUCCUGGCAACCAUUUGUUUUUUCCCCCCCAAUAUCUUGAUUAUUUUUUUUAUUAUUAUUGAGAAUUUAAAGGUGCAUCAAAUAGAAAUAUAUUAAAUUGGUAUCACCAAGCAAGGUAUAUGAACAGAGGCUCAUGCACGUACACAGUAAUGCAAUGAUUGGCACACAGACAAAAAAAAGUAACAGGUUAACAUUAAAAACUUUUUGGCACCAGGUGACCAGUAUUGGUGAAAACUAGCAUGACAAGGAAUAAGCCACAUACUGUGCAAAUUAGUAGGUAUAUAUAACUCUAGCCCAAGCUUUCUAGUGCCAGUAAGCCUAUGGGACAUUUCACCAUAUAAUCUUGUAGUCUUUAUCAACUACCAUAGAGAGAGAGAAGGUAAAGUAGGUGGUUUCAACUCACCCGCAAAACUAUAUUUGGUUGCUUCCAAAACAUGCAUUGCCCGAUUUCUAGAUGUAACUCAGGGGGCAUAUCACUAGUUGGCUAGCUGAAUUAGUAGUGAGUGGAUGCAUGACCAGGACUCCGUCAGUACAGGACAGGUCCGAAUUAUAUGGAGAAUGGAACCUAUUUCAUCCUAACAUCUCUAGCAUGUAGCAGAAGCAUUUUGAUAAAUAUGCGAGAGAUGCUGAGGUACUUCCCGUGACCACCUUUUUCCGAUGCCUUAUUUUCUCUAUAUGGUGAGGCAAUAGCCUGGAACCACCUAAACAACAGUAAAACUCUUAAUAGGUCUCAAACGGUCUUCAACCCCCUAUGGAGUAGUCAUUUGUCUAAGGAUGUUCUGCACAAUGUGCUAUUUAAGUUUUUGUAAGUUGCUCUGAAAUCUCGUUUGGUAUGGCAAGUUGUGCAUUAGGCUUGUUUCCUGAAGUCCAGCAACACUGUAUAAUUUUAUAAAAUACUGCAAUGUAGGUAGAAGUAUGUGCCCACGGUUGCAUAGAUGAACACACAUCUGUUGUGCUGGCACACAAUGGCGUUUGUCCUGUACAUUGAAAUUUAGAUAAAUACUUUAAAAUUAUUUUAAAUUCUAGUAAUUUAAUUUUCAAGUAAGCUACUGGUUUAUUUCUAUAUUUAGAGACAUCAUUUUAGUCUUUUUUUGUAAAUGUGUCCUGUUGGUGUUUAUUAUCGACAAAAGCUCUGCCUGGGUGCUUGUUUUAUUGUGUGUGUAAGUAUUGCCCAGUGGGAUAGGGAGAAACCAUAUCUCGGGAAAAUGGUCUGAACAAAAGACUGCAAACUGCUUUCUGUAGCUCAUUUGUUGACUGCAUUCAAUUUGUAAGGAAAUGUGCUGCCUAUGCCACCUUCGCAGCUGCUCAGAAGAGAAAAUCAACAGCUUUAAUGCUUCUAAAAUGCAAAUCUGUGCUUUUACAAAUAGUUGUCAGGGAGGACCAAGGUUUCACAAAGGUUUUAUUAUUGCAAUUAGACUUGGCCAAACUAGAAUAUGACUAAACAUGUAUUAUUUCACUUUUCCAUGUAACUGGUGAAUUUGUCUACAUUUGUUAAAUAAGACAUAAUAUUCUUAGUGAAUAUAAGCUCCUUUUAAACCGGAAUUCCAGUUGUUCUCCAUGGAAUGGAAUGACUAAAUUAUUUGAUGGUCUCCUGGCAUUCCUGAUUUGUUUUGACGGAUGGUUGGAUGUCCCAUAUGAAAGUAUGCGUGUAUUUCCACUUUUUCAAACAUCAGGGUUAAUGAAACAUCAUGUAUAAGUAGUUGUGAAUUUUAAUCCUAAAUAUGUGUGAAUUUAAGUAAAUUCUGUAAUGUGUUUUCAAAUAUUACAGUAUGAAGUAAGCACAUAACUGCUACAGCUCAUUGAAGCGGUUGUGGUGCAAGACUUUUUUUGGUGCUGGUGUCUCUGUUUGUUUUUAAAUAAUUUUGAGUGGUAAAAUAAACCUGGGCUGUCGUAGGACCUAUACCUUGUCACCUUUGCUGUAGCUUGGCUUGUCCAAACUUGGUUGGCAAUAAAAUGCUAAACUGCCUCCAACACUGUCUGUCAUUGCCUUGCAAAGCUGGGUGGGCUAAUGCAGACAUUAAUUUCUGAAUUAGCGGAGCCAGAGCAGAGGAGCCAAGCAGAGCACCAGUUUUUGUAAAACCACUCAAAUAAUUGAACACAAACUGGUGAGAUGGCGCCCAUGAACUCUUCAACUUAACUACUGCCGUGAGCUAUAGUGGUUAUGGUACAUAUUGUGCCACUCAAUGCAUCUCUAUGGGGAACAUUCAGCUCCUCCAUGCAGAGCUUGGAGACUGCGCAGCUCUGGACUAGGAAUAACCUGUAGUGGCCGUCUGACUGUCACAAGAGAUGUUCCUAGGCAGCAAUGUAAAUACAGCCUUUUCUCUGAAAAGGCAGUGUUUACAUUGAAAAGCCUGCAAGGACAGGCUGUUGAUUCCAGAAUCCCUACAUUUCAGCUGGCUCCUAGAUUAUCUAGGUUCCUUUCCAAGAAGUGUUUAGGAAGCCUAUACAGGUCACAUUCAAUGAGGUGUGGUUAGUAGAAUUGAGCAGUGAGACUGCAUGGGUUUGUUUGUUUUCUUUGUAAUUAUUUUUAUAUAUAAAUAUAAGGAUAUGAAUAUUGAGCUUAUAUUGGAGCUGUUAUUGUGUUUUGUGUUUGUUUUAUCUUGUGUUUUAUUUUUAUUUAUUUUUUUGGAAUGGAGAUAUGUAUUUACAGUUGUAAAGAAAAUUAUCAAUAAAAAUGAAAUAUUGGGAAAAAAAGAGACUGCGUUGGCAUGAUCUUUAUACCAAAAUUGCAUAAUUAAGUUAAAGUUGUUUUGGUGCCUAUAGUGUCCCUUUAAAGGACCACUAUAGUCCCCCUCCCGCCGGGCUGAAUGGAGAGGAAGGGGUAAUCACUUACCUUUCUCCAGCGCCAUGCUCCCUCGGUGCUGGAGACUCUCCUCCUCCUUUCCCCGUCAUCGGCUGAAUGCGCAUGCGCGGCAAGAGCCGCGCGCACAUUCAGCCAGUCCAUAGGAAAGCAUUCUCAAUGCUUUCCUAAGGACGCUGGCGUCUUCUCACUGUGAAAAUCACAGUGAGAAGCGCCUCUAGCAGCUGUCAAUGAGACAGCCACUAGAGGCUGGAUUAACCCAUAGGUUACUUGGAGGCAAAAGAUCCUCAUAGGUACUUAAGGUGAAGGAAUUUCACACCUUUUUGUUGGGCUAUGCUAGCAAAUAAACCAGUGUUUUAUAGAGGCAUAUGGCAGAUUUUUAUUGGCUGCAACUUGUUGAACUUUAUAGAAAACGUUGUACUUAAUUUUAAUUGACUCUACAAGUGAAGUUUUCUCAGUAAGAUUUAUUUUAUAUAAAGUACAUUAAUUUGCAACCUGUUUACAGCAGAAAGGGUUAAUCCUGGAUGGACCUGGCAUCCAGACCAUUUCAUUAAGCUGAAGUGGUCUGGGUGCCUAUAGUGGUCCUUUAAGGACCAAACACUAGUCUUUGCAGUGAUUGCAGCCUGUCCCCUAAAGACAUGAUACUGACAUGCAAAAUCCUGCUUAUUUACUUCAGCAAUUCCAUGCAACCUUGCAGUCAUUAAUGGAAUGGGACAUUCAACUUUGGAAUGGAAUCCAUAAAGACCCUGCAGUUAUGGUGGAAUAGAUCCUCACUGGUCUUUUAAGUGGUUCCGCAAACUUUGAGCAAUCAUAGUUUCUACCAUCGUACAUACACAUUCUAUAAAUAUUAAUCGGUAGAUAGAUUUAAACAUUAUAAUUCUAAGCUAGCAUGGAUUUCUUCAGAACUAUCUGCAGUGUACAAUUCUUUCUACAAAUUGUGUGCACCCUCGUAUAUAACCGUACUGUAAAACAAGAAAUGAAAUCACAAAAAGCAAUGAGAAAACCACUGCAUGGCAGAAGGUUUCUGGGAAAGGGACUGGAGUACAGCUAAAUGAGUAUUCACAGAAUUACUGACUACCAAUAUUAUCGCCGUAAGUGAAAUAUCAUCCGCUGACUAUUAUUGCUGAAAUGCCAUUCUCUGUACUGUUCCUUUAAGACCUCCUCAGAGCCACCAUUUCUUACAGUGAACUUUCAAGUCAAUAGAACACCGUCUAAUAAUGCAACUGAUUGAUUGGGAGACUUCUCAUUAUUCCAUUGUUCUACUGCUUCAAGGCCCUGCAUGUUGCCAUUUUUAAUUUGUGCCAAUUUUCUGUUGCAAGAAUAGCAAUAAUUGUCCCUCCAGCGAGUAUGAUUCCUUUCCAAAUCUACACUCCGUGGGGAGGUGUGUGUUUUGUAUUCACCGUUUGCUCGGAAUAUGCUAGUUAAUCUCUAUCUGUUUACAUUUUCAGAAAAACAUUCUCAGUUUGGUAAACAACUUUCCUGGAAGGAUUUUGUGCAAUUUUCACGUCACACAGCAGAGUUCCCCGAUUUGUUCAGAGCUCCAGCCAUAUAUCACUGGUAAGUUGCUUAUUGUCCUUGGAGACCGUUCCAAAGUAUCUCUCUUACAUUGUAGGGACACAGUUCAGGGAUGCAGUGUCCAUUUAAUUUAUGGAAUGAGGAUUCUUACAAUUCGUUAUUUAUGGCUCUACUAUACAUAUUGAAAAUAUUUUAGACAACAGGAAGACAUAAGAUCCGUUGCAGCCAUAGUUUAUAAAUUUUUCUACACACUUCUUAAAAUGCAAUCUUUCUUUCAUUCUCUCGAUUUGUCUCUCUCUCUCUCUCUCUUUCUCUCCCUGACUCUGUAAAUUGCAGUUAGUUAAACGGAGUCAGUUAAUGAUCACAGUAAAUUUGAUCAUGUUUGAUAUAAUUAACGACAGAUAGAUCAUGAAUCAAUUAGAUCAUGUUUAGAUGCUAAUAAAGAGAGUAUAGUCAAAGGGACACUAUAGUCCGAGAACAACUACAGCUUAUUGUAUUUGUUCUAGGGAGUAGAAUCAUUCCCUUCAGGCUUUUUGUAGUAAACACGGUCUUUUCAGAGACAAUGCAGUGUUUACAUUACAGCCUAGGGAUAACGCUACUAGAGGUGCUUCCUGAAGCAGUGCUGUACACUGUGCAGUACUGCCAUUCAGUGUGUCCACCCUCGGCAUGCUGACAUUGAUUCAGUGCAUCUGUAUGAGGAGAUGCUGAUUGGCCAGGGCUGUGUUUGGCUUUUGCUGGCUCUGCCCCUGAUCUGCCUCAUUGACAGUUGCAGCCAAUCUUAUGGGAAAGCAUUGUGAUUGGCUCACAUAAUCACUUUUGAUGAUGUCAGGCAUGCAGACAGAUCAGGGACAGAGCCAGCAGCAGCAAUAACCGUUAAUACAAGUGAAAUUUUUACUAUAUUUAGAGAGACAACAAGUUUACAGGUGGGGGGAGGGGGGCACAGGGGGCGUUAGAUGGUGUUUUUAACACUAUAGGGUCAGGAAUACAUGUUUGUGUUUCUGACCCUAUAGUGCUACUUUAAUUAAAAACCAUAGGUGUUUAUUCACUAAACCUGAUAAUUGACAAAUGGGUUGCAAGUUACAGGACAAACUGGACAGUAAAAUUAUUCCAGUUUUUCUACUUUGGCCAGACAUUUGCAGUUGUCAGUUUAAUGAAUAACAUCUUUCUUUUAGAUAUAAAGUUUUAAACAGAGUUGUGGGCAGUUUAUAAAUCUUAUGACCUUAAGACUUUUUUUUUUUUUCUCAAUCAGACAGAUUCUUGCAACACAACUGUUGUAAAGUGUCACUGAUGCUGUGAUACAGUAAGCAUCAUGUAUUUUCUUUGUGGAUAAAUCCUCAACUGAGUAUAUCCAUACACAGGUCUUGUUUGGAAAUUCUGUUACUUGGAGGCAAAAGAUCCUCAUAGGUACUUAAGGUGAAGGAAUUUCACACCUUUUUGUUGGGCUAUGCUAGCAAAUAAACCAGUGUUUUAUAGAGGCAUAUGGCAGAUUUAUAUUGGCUGCAGCUUGUUGAACUUUAUAGAAAACGUUCUACUUAAUUUUAAUUGACUCUACAAGUGAAGUUUUCUCAGUAAGAUUUAUUUUAUAUAAAGUACAUUAAUUUGCAACCUGUUUCCAGCAGUAAUUGAGUAAGACUGUUGUUCUGUGCCUUAUUAAAAAGAGUGGCACAGCAAUUCGUGAGACUAAAAAUAUUUUAGUAACCACCGAGAACUGGCAUUUAGGCCUUGAAAAGGAUCAGUGGGAGCUUUUUAAUGAUUGCAGACUGCAAGUGAUCUACAGGGUCAAAGAACUGUUUGUUUAUUUCUGUAAGCAUACAUUUAUAAAAUGUUAGAGGACGUAUCUCCCCUGGUUAGUGAAUUUAAAGGAGCACUAUAGGGUCAGGAACACAAACAUGUAUUCCUGACCCUAUAGGGUUAAAACCACCAUCUAGCCACCCUGGUCCCUUUAUGACUCCCUAAAUAUUGUAAAAUCUUACUUGUAUUCAAGUCUGGAGCUGCAUGCUUUGUCACGGUUUCCUUUAGACCUGCCUGCUGACAUCAGCAGAAGUGGUACCCUGAUCCAAUCACAAUGCUUCCCCAUAGGAUUGGCUGAGACUGACAAAGAGGCAGAUCAGGGGCAGAGCCAGCACAAUUCAAACACAGCCCUGGCCAAUCAGCAUCUCCUCAUAGAGAUGAACCGAAUCAAUGAAUCUCUAUGAGGAAAGUUCAGUGUCUGCAUGCAGAGGGAGGAGAUACUGAAUGUUUGGAUGCAUUAGAGUGGGAUAAAACUUCGAAAACAUUUGUAUUAAAAGUAAAUCUUUUCAGUUAACUUAAUGCUUACUCAAACUAUUUUUUUUCUUAUGUUUAUUUUGUUGUUCUUUUUUCCAACAGAGGGUAGAAUUUCUGAAAAUGAUCUAGCCAAAUAUAUAUCCAGUGAUCAUCUGUGCUACAUCUGUGGGCCACCACCAAUGAUCGAAUCCAUGUGUAAACAACUGGAAGGACUCCAUAUACCAAGAGAACAGAUUUACUUUGAAAAGUGGUGGUAGAUUGGACUGUGUUUAAAAAAAAAAAAACACAAAAAAAACUUCAGUCAUUAUGCACAAGUUCAAGCUCCAGGAGCCAAGUCUUUUUGAGAACUAUCUUGCUGCUAAGGGGAAAAAAAAAGGCAGAAAUUAAAUAACAAUUUAGGGAAAAUGAUGAACAAAAGACUAGUUUAUUGGCGGAAAAACAAGUCCUCAAAUAUAACAUGAUAGUUUCCUUUUAUCCAGUAAUUUUAUUAAUCUUAAUGGGUUUAAACAUGCUCUGCUUCUGUUAAAUAUGAACUUACAAAGAAUGGAGUGGUUUUUAAUCAAAUACUUGAUAUACCAAAUAUAUAUUAUUUUAUUUAAUGACAUUUUGAUCCAUUGUAUUCCAAUGUCUUAUUUAUUCAGUAUCCAAGAUACCGGUGUCGAUUUAACUAGCUCUAGAUUACAUGGUCAAGUUUAUUAAUUUUCUAAUAAUAUUUUCAUCUUUUUGGCGUAAAGUUGGCUAUUGGGUGGCUGAUGGUUUCUUUAUCCGACUUUGUUCUGAGUCAUCACACGGCAUAUCCAGAGACUGUAUGCUCAAAAUAAAUAAUGCUACCUUUGGCUGUUUGACAUCAGCCAUCAAAAGAGCCAAAUUUAUGGCAAAUAUCUCUUCCCAGUCUUUGCUGUACAGCAUCACU